AGCCUUAGUUGAGCACGUCGGUGGGGUGAUGCUGCUUCGCUGGCUGCUGUGGUGGGGGCGGCGUGGUGGUGGUCUUCUCCUGGAAGAGGCGAGCAGAGAGUAGCAGCAGCAGCUGCGUCCAGAGCGCAGAUUGCGCCCCAGAUGCGUUCCGGGCUACACCUGAGGAAGGGGAGCCGAUAAGCGCUGGCCGCCACUUCUGCUGCCGCUGCGCCUCCUCCUCCUCCUCCUCCUCUGGUCUGCAACCCAGAGCUGGGCUGUUGGGCUUCCUCAUGUAGCGCCUGCCCCGGCAAGAGCUGAGGGAGGGCCUGCAGUACCGCCACGACCCGCCCCCUCCCUCGCUCCCGCCUUCCCUUGAGGUACUGGGAGGGAAGGGGUGCACCACGUCGCUGGGAAGUCUAGCUGGAGGAGACAGAGGACCAGAAAGCACAGCUUUUUUUUUCCGGGGAGGGGAGAUUAUAGCUAGCCCCUUCCAGAGACAGAAAGAGUUGCGGGGGGACUUCCAUGGAAGGUAGGGGGGCGCGCGCGCGCGAAUGGUGUUGUGAGGAAGUGGGGGAAGGCGGAGCGUGGCGCCAGUGAGGGGGAGGGAAAUAAAUGGACUAGAUGAGCCUAGGGGUCCCUUCCAACUCUUCAAUUCAAUAAAUAAAUUGCUCACCUCUUGCUCCCUCCUCCCUCUCUUCGCCCCCUUUCCGCUUCCCUCUUUCGCGGGAAUUUGGUGAAAGUGUGGUGAUUAAGCGAGCAGGCCUACCUUCAAGGGUUGUGGUUUCUGACGAUCUCGUUCGACAACCACAUCGCGUUGGCGAAGCGCCUUUUUCUUUUUUUUUGCGUGGGGAGCUUAGCCGGGUUGAGGGAGAAAGGAGCCGUGCCGAGUUAAAGAGGUUAAAACCCCCCCAAAACCUGCCGUGGCUCUUUUAAAAAAAGAAGGUAAUGUUGCCUGUGUUUACUUCUGGUUCCUGUGGCCUUUUGUUGCCUCUCCGUCCACAAAUUUACUGUGAAGGAUGUUGUUUUAUUGCAUUGCUUUGUGUAUUGUAGUGCCUGUUGUAGCAGAUGCGCCAGAUUCCAUUGGAUGAAGAGUGGCUGUGAAAUAUUUCAAAUAGAGAAAUAAGAGUGGGAAAUCAUUUAUGCAGGAGAGAGAGAGGGAGUAUGGGUAUAUUUUAUAUAUAUAUAUAUAUAUAUAUCCCUCACCGCUGUUUUUGUGUGGUUAUUUUAUAUACCCAGGUACUACCAGCCAUGCUUCUUUAGAAACCUGGGCAACCAGACACAAUGUAACCGGCACACUGUGUGUUUGUUUAUACCUGGUGUGUGUUUGUACACAGUGUGCCGGUUACAUAGUGCCUGGGGUUUUCAGGCAGGUUUUGCCAACCGGGUGGCCUCCAGAGGCCUUGCUGGCUGGGCCUGAGAAUUGUAGAUCAAAACAUCUGGAUUGUGACAGGUUGCCAAAGCUCUUUUAGGGUCAUAAAGCAACAGUUUGCUAACUGGGCCUUCUGCUGGAAGAGAGAGCAGGGAGCUUGGUUCUGUUAUGCGUCCUUUCUUUAUCCUGUUUUCUGGUUUGAUAAUUAAGUUGUGUUUCACUUCCUAUCCUCCCUGCAGGUUUGUUUAGCUUCUUACCUGAGCACCCUAGAGUGAGAGCUGAGGAUCACCUGUCUAGUUCCUUUCUGUGUCUCACAAGUGGAAGGGAGAGGACUUGCUGAUAAGGACUCUUCUCUGUUUCAUGUUUCGUCACCCAAACAGCAUAUUAGCUUUGAUCUCAUCAAGUGCCCACCUACUCCAGGACGGCCAAGCAGAAGAGGAACAGAAGGGGUUUGCCAUGAGUCGUUACAGCUUCUCCAAUCUUCUGGACUGGAUGUACGGUGGGGUGGACCCAAGCUUUGAAGGCAACGGGGGUCCUGAGUGUGCUGCCUUCCUCCCCUGGCAACAGCGCCUGGUAGAGACCCUGAUCUUCUUAUGCGUGGGAGUUCUGGAGGUGGUGGUGUCCCUGAAGAAGAUCAGGCGAACCCAUUCCAAGGAGGUGGUGGACCUGCUUGCUCAGUCUCGGAAGAAAGAGGAGAGCAUAGGGAAGAACCUGUUGCUGGUGUUCUUCUGCCUCACUUUCGGAUUGGAAGUGGGAUUCAAGUUUGCUUCUAAGACAGUCAUCUACUUGCUGAAUCCCUGCCACGUAGUUACGAUGAUGCAGGUGAGGAAUACUGUUAAAAAAAAAAAGCCUUUGGACCCCUUUUGUUUAGCCACACUGGAAACAGAAUUUUCCUAGAAAUAUAUGCCUUUUUUCAGGGAUAAGAGUAGAUGGUAUAACAGGUCAUUAGCAUAAUAGGCAUUCAUUCCAGAUAUGGAGAUCAUAGGAGCCAACUCCUAGGGGCCAAGGUGCCUUCAGCCCUCUCCUAAAAUAUUUGAGGCCCCCACCCCCAAGUUAAUGGGUAUUGCCAUUCAAGUGGUGUGUGUGUGUGUUAUGAAUGAUUGUGUGGUGUAGGGCUUACCUGCCCCUCCCAAUAUUUUAUUCAAGUUGGCACCCCUGAUUGGAUAAGGUUUCAUUUUUGGCAAUGAACUCCUUUGAAAUUAUCCUGCUUAGCGGUGUUGUGUUUUCUAGGAUCAGAGUCAGUAUGCCAGCUCUGAAUAACAGAUGCUGAGUGUGACCAGGAGGAAAGCAUCAUUGCAGUCAAGUUUUGCUAUUUGGCUUCUUGUAACUAGCUAGUUAAGCACUCUAGGAAAUGGAAUGCUGAUCUAUCAGGGCUCUUCUUACUGCAAACAUUAUUUUAUGUUAUAUAUUACCUCCCUUCAGCAAAGCUUCUAGGGUACUUUACAAAAAAAGAGAGCACCAAGAUAAAAUAAAUAGCUAAUGUGUAAUAAAUGGUGGUAUGCAAUAAGAUUAUAUUCAAAACCCUGGCAGAGCCAUAUUUGUUACCCCAAAGAUAAGACUGGCACCAUGGGGGCUUUCCUGGACAGGGAAAUAUUUAGUUUUGAACAUGCAGAAGCUUAGAUUUUUCCAUAGGGGGGAAAAGAAUUGGGAAUGGUUGACUUCUAGCUAAAAUAAUACCCUAUGAAUGUGAGGUGGGCAUUUCUAGGCUAGGCUGUGUGGUGAAGUGUUUAUGUUACUAAUUUAUGGGUCUCACUAAUUACAAUUCUAAUUGCAUCAAUGGGACUAUCGCCAAACUCCUGAUAAGCAAAUAAAGCUUGAGUUGCUGCCAACCACAGCUGCUUACUGAGCCUAAAGUAGCCAAGAAAAACAUAGCUUCUGCCUUUACUACAAAGGGAACUGCCCCCAUAUCUUAAAGAGGGCCUGUUGUGAUACUGUAUCUUGGACUAAAUGAUCUAUGUUGACAACACUGAAAUCAGACAAAUUAGUUCUUACAGAGGAAGAGUGUGUGUGGGAGCAGCUUUCAGGAAGUAGUGGACUUUUCAGCUGUGUAUGUCUUGGGGGGGCUAUGCAAUUUCUUUUCCUUUAUAUUUUAUUAGUAGCUGUUUCAUUCAGCUCUCUGCUUCUGAUUUCCAGGAAGGAAUCUUUGAAACAAGAGCGGUAGCAAAAUACUUUCAAUUAGGGCCAGCCAAAGUUCACAUUGUGGUAAUUGAGCUUUCGAGAUACGUAGACGCUCUUCCUCAUGCUGGAUGUUUAAAAGCAAAUGGAACAGGAUGCGGGGGAGAGAGAAAUAUGGGUAAAAAGAGGGCAUGAUGUAAAACAUUCUCUACAGUUUGUUUCAGUCUUAAGUUGGUGAUUAAAGGAACUGAUUAAUGAGUUUGGAAUUGUGCCUUAAUGCAAAAGACAUUUGGUUACAAAGAUGAUGCAAGGACAGGGAAGGAAACACUUAGGUUGUAUCUGAGUUCUGCUCUGAGUAGAACCAUUGAACUUAAUGGACCUAAGUUAGUCAUGACCAUUAAUUUCAAUAGGUCUACUUUGAGUAUGAUUUACACUGGAUAAAAACCAUUUAGUUUUGCAUUUGGAAAUACGAAAACGACCAGUUAUGGGUCUAUAAGCAACUAUAUAUGUUGUCUUGUGACUACAGCUUCAGUCGGGUUGAAGUGAUAAGUAUAAAUACCAUAGAUUUAAUGUAGGCUUGUCAAUAUCCAUUUGCCUUCACUGGGUAAGAAUUGCCUUCAGGUGACGAGGUAAGGUAACAAGGGAGUUACAGAUUUAAAUACUUGGCUGUCUUGUUCUCUGUCCCUUCGUGUAUUACAUAUGUGUUUAUAUGUGCUAGUGGCCUAAUAACUGUGGACCUAUUUGUAAUGCUGAGUAAAAAUAGCAACAGUGCAAUCCUUUGCAUGUCUGCUUAGAAGUAAGCCACACUAGGUUCAGUGGGGCUUACUCCUAGCUAAGUGUGCUUAGGUCAGUUGCUGUCUCUACCUGACAGUAUGUUGAAUAGACAUUGUCACUUCAAUCCAUAAUUUUCAUGGGGUCUCACAUGGUCUGGAAAUCCAAUCCUAGGCUAGUCAUUGACCUGGAUAAUUAAGCCAAAUGGUUUGGUUGCAUACUUUGGACUGAAACAAAUUUCAGUGGAAAAGGUUUCUGCAGAUCCCUUCCCAGACUCUUGUCCAGGGAUAGCAAAUGUAGUGCCCUCCAGAUACUGUGUACUACUGUCAUCCCCAAGUCAUCAUGGGCAAUGGUCAAGGAUGAUGGGAACUCACAGCAUCUGAAGGCAGCUUGUGGGCUAUUCCCACUCUUGCCCAUGCAGCUACUGUGGCAAAAAUGGCAUAUGCAUGGAAGCUAAAGUGGGUGCAUCAUUUGCAAUAGGGAUGCAGGUGGUACUGUGGGUUAAACCACUGUGCCGCUUGGGCUUGUCAAUCGAAAGGUCGGCAGUUCAAAUCCCUGCGACGGGGUGAGCUCCCGUUGCUCGGUCCCAGCUCCUGCCAACCUAGCAGUUGGAAAGCACAUCAGAAUGCAAGUAGAUUUAUUAAUGUAAUCAAACUUUAUUGGCCGAGGGAGCUGACGUACAGCUUCCGGGUCAUGUGGCAAGCAUGACUAAGCUGCUUCUGUCGAACCAGAGCAGCACAUGGAAAUGCCGUUUACCUUCCCGCCGGAGUGGUACCUAUUUAUCUACUUGCACUUUGACGUGCUUUUGAACUGCUAGGUUGGCAGGAGCAGGGACUGAGCAAUGGGAGCUCACCCCGUCAUGGGGUUUCAAACCGCCAACCUUCUGAUUGGCAAGUCCUAGGCUCUGUGGUUUAACCCACAGCGCCACCCGCGUCCCUAGUUACAUUCUAGUUACAUGUGGCUCAUUCAUUGCCAGAAAGAAGCUGUGAAAUUUUUACCUGUCUUUUUUGCCUAAAAGCUUGAAUCCUCCCAUCUUAUUUAAAACAAUAGUGACGUAAGGCAGCUUCCAUCAUCAAAUAAAACAAGUCAUCAGAAAGUUUGAUUACAUUAAUAAAUAAAACAACCACACUAAAACCAGCAGAAAAAAUACAGCACAAAAAGCAAAGAAGGGCAGCUAAUGGGAAGAAAAAGUCCAUAGGAGUUGGCAGAAGCAAAAAUGAACAAACAAAAAAGCAGGACAAAAACAAAAGGCCCAAACCAAAAUCAGAUACAAAUUCAGUUUAGUCCAAAACCUGUCUGAAAAACCCAAGAUUUAGUUUGGCACCUACUUACUUCUAAUAGACAUGUGCCAAACUUUAUUUGGCAGAGAUGCCUGGAACAAGGCAUCUAGAACAUAAGAAGCUGCUCUCCAGGAUUUCAAAUUAGGCUUUCUCCCAACUCUGUCUGGAGAGGCCGAGGGUUGAACGCAGGGCCUUCUGCAUGCAAAGCAGAGGGUUUACCACUGAGCUGUAGUCCUUCCUCAGACAUAGAAAGCUGCCUUUUACUGUGUUAGACCACUGAUCCCUCCAGCUCAACCUACAUUGCUCUCAGUGUUUGACGCUCCCAUUGUUCUAGGCGUGUUUUGCGACAGGGAAUUUAAUUAGUGCAAGCAGUUUCUGAGCUCUAGGCGUAGUACUGCGCCUAAGAUUUCAGAUUAAAACUGCCUCCCCACUUCCAGCUGUUCUCUGAAGACUGGAGAAGAGACCCUCUUAAGCAGGGGUCAGCAACCUUUUUCAGCCGUGGGCUGGUCCACCAUCCCUCAGACCAUGUGGUGGGCCGGACUAUAUUUUGAAAAAAAAAAAAAAUGAACUAAUUCCUAUGCCCCACAAAUAACCCAGAGAUGCAUUUUAAAUAAAAGGACACAUUCUACUCAUGUAAAAACACACUGAUUCCCGGACCAUCCGCUGGCUGGAUUGAGAAGGCGAUUGGGUUGCAUCCGGCCCACGGGCCUUAGGUUGCCUACCCCUGCUCUUAAGAAUAUUGGGAGUGAUGGUCAGGGGAAGGACUAGACCAUGUGAAAAAUGGACAUGAUAUUUUACCUGCAGUUCAUUCUUUUUCAGCUUUGUAUUCUCAUUAUAUAAAAAAAAGCCCAGACAUUUCGUUGUUGCGCCCAUAACCUUAGGUUUAAGGUUUAAGGUUUAAGGUGCUGUUUGGCUCCUAGCUUUCAUAGCUAAGUUUCUAACACUGACUGCUCUCUGGGGUUUUAUUCAGGAGCCCUGCCUAGGAUGCCAGGAGUGAACCAGGGACCUUCUGCAUUCAGAACAGAUGCUUUACCAUUGAGUUCCAACCCUUCCCCUAAAUGUUCCUCUGAUUCUGCGUGGACUGUCUGGGGCGGCACAUACAUCUUUCAAGCCUUGAAGGCCGUUGAAGCAAAGAUGGCCAAGUCCUUGGUUCUCCAAAUGUUGCUCCUUUCAGCCAUGGUCAGCACACCCCAUUGUUGAGGGAUGAUGGGGUUUGAGUCCCAACGGCAUCUGGAGGGCCAGAACUUAGUCACCAGAACGUGGCACUUUGCAGAGUACAAGGGGACAGAUCCCUGCCCUGAGGGGCUUACAGUCUAGAAUUUGACACAUGGAAACAACAAAGGAAAGAGAAGAAAGAGCUUAAAAUCUCUGUUUGCAGGCACCUGCAGUGAAUUUCUUUUUCUGCACAAACAUUAUUCUAUAAAAUGCACUUAGAGAAGCAAGUUGCUUCAUAGCUCCUUACCUGCAAACAUUCAAACCACCACUUUAUAAACAGUUUUGUCACAAUGCUUGGAAGAGACAUUUCUAAAGCAUUCCUUAACCUGUCACCUGAAGCUUAACUUUUUUGAUGUCUUUUAGGCUGUAGUCUGUGUGGGAGGUGGUUGCACAAAUCUAACUCUACAAGAGCUCAACUUAAGGUCCCAUUUUUCAAGCACGUUUGGGUAUUUGUAAAAAAAAAAAGUGGCUGAAAAUCAUGGAAGGAAAAGUAGGUGUAUUUAUUUGUACAGUGACUGAGUACCUUUUAAAAGAAGAAUGGCUUGAGAGAGGUACAACACUUUUAAUGCUUCAUUAUAAGCCCUUCCCAAUAUUUGGAGAACUGCUAUGUACACAGAAUCACUUGAUUUACACUAGACUGUAGAAAGUGGCAGUUAAACUGGAAUUAUUAUUUGGGUGCAUGCAUCACAGUGGGAUUUGGGACAUGACACUUUGUUUUGUCCUCUUACAUAAUUUUAAAUGGGAGUCAAAUAAGCCUUUUCAGUCCAGGGAGUUUCAUUAAAUUCCAUUCAGACCCCUUUUCGGCUGGACAUACUCCUUAUUUUUUUUAAAAAAGAUUUUUAAACAAUUUUUUUGCAACUUUAACAAGGAAAAGAAAAGGAUGAAAUAAAAUUCUGAAAAGAAGGUGCUGUCAACCUAAACUCUGUUUCUUGGCUCCCUGAUCAUGCAACCUCAUUUACUUCUAGCUCAGUUUACAUAUUCAACUGUGUUGCAUUUGUUCUCUUGUUCACACUUACUUUAUUAACACAUUUAUAGCCCACCUUUUCUUUAGGGUGCUCAGGUUGGCAUACGUGGUUUUCUCCCUCCCCAUUUUAUUCUCACAACAACCCUCUGAGGUAGGUUGGGCUAAGAGAGAGUCUCUGACCAAAGCUUCAUAGCUGAGUGGGGAUUUGAAUCCUGGUCUCCCAGGCCCUAGUCCAACACUCAUUAGCUGUUCUUAUCUCUAACUCAUCUCCCACUUUUCCAGUUUCCCUCUUCUCUCCUUGUCUGUCUAUCUAGAGUAUUUGUACCCAGGCUACUUACUGGUUUAUGCAUGACAGGACCUACAUUAAUACAAAGCAGCUGGUCUACAUAGAUACUAAUGAAAUAAUAAUAAUGUUCCUACAAAUUUUGUUCCCCCCAAACAUCUAAAGAAAUAAUAAUUACCCCUGAUUCCAAAAGCAAGUUUGGGAUCUGUCUUUUUCUGAGCAUUUAAUGUCGCACAGGAGAAGGAAGAGUCGUGAGAGGCCAAACCAAACAAGUGCAUUUUGACAAAGUAUGGUUCCCCUGUAUCAGCUCUGAAAGCAGAAGCGAUGUUAAUGCAAGACUGCCAGCUACACAUACUUCGUCAUGGAGAGGCUGUGUCAUGGAUAGUUCAAGCCUUGGCGAUGCAUUCAGUGAUUUAGUUGAUAGUGUCCCUGCUCCAUUUUUCUGCUUGUAUAUUACUGAGUUAUGCAUGUAACGCUCUGUAGGUUUUGUUGGAGUUAAUGUCAUUUUAUUAUAAGACUUAAUAAAAUAUUUAUUAAAAAGGGGGGGAAAAUUAGUACUCCCAAUCCACCAGUUUCAAACAGGAUCAGUCUUGGUUUGUUAUUUAGCAAAAAUAUUAUUUGCAGUUGUAACUUGUAGCUAUCGGUCUAAAUUAGGUCAAACUCUGGUUUUCUCUAGCAUAACUUCAAGCAACAGCUUGUGUGUGAAAACUUAAUGAGUAGGAUUACUAUUUUUAUAGUGAGGUAUCUCCCACAUGUGUUCUAGUUUGGAAACAUGAGCAAGAAACGAAUAGCUUGCAUAAACACAAUUAUCAGCUAUCUGCUCAAAUAUUGGAAAACAACAACAGCUUCUCACUGCUUAAAUGUGGCCCUCUCUCAGUUAAAAAGGUUUUUUGCCUUCAAAGUGCCUAAUGUAUUUCAAAUUUAGCAGACCUAGAUGCUUUUGCACAAGGUCUUAGUUCUGCUGAAUUUGGCUACGUUUUGGAGUUUGAGAAGAGCAGGUUGUCCUCAAUGAAAGAGCAGUUGCCUUUUAAUUAAUGCACAGAGAAGAUUUUGGCAGACUGAGAAGCGCUGAUCUUUGUGCUAUUUUGGAAUGCCGUGUGGGGCGAACUGAGCAUUUUGUUCUUUGCUGCUGCUGCCUCUUGGGCUGGAGAUGGCACCUGUUCUAGGCAGAGCUUCAGGGUAAACCUUGCAGACACUUUGCCCCUGACAUUUGCAGGUGAGCGAAAAUGCACUGGCUUAAUGUACCAGGAAUGGCAGUGAAUAGCAAGUUCACUUCUUUUGCUUUUGUCCCUCUCCUCCAUAACUUAAUGUACAAAUGAUGCCCCCGAUUUGGAACUAGAAAUACUGCAGAACCUCAAAUGACGCUGCAAUCUUCAAACUGAUCUUGCAAGCGAAGAGAACAUGGAAUAGGCAUAUGCAGUGGGCGUUUCAGCUUGACCUUUUCACCUUUUGACUUUGGGCCUUGGGGCCAAAUGUGCUCCCCUCGGCCUCUCUGUACAGCCCCCAGGAAUCUCCACAUGCUUUCCCCCCACCCCCUCUACUGACACUGCUCCACAUAUUCCUCUAGUUGUUUUGCCAGGCUGGCAAACAUGUUAUUGAACUGUAAUAAUGCCUCUUGGUUGCCUGGAUGAACAUGUAGAAACCUCUUACUUUUCCAUAGCUGGAUGGUAGCCUCCUGUACAUACAGAGAGAGUCACAAGAUUCCUGCAUUGCAGGGAGUUAAAGUAGAUGAACUUCAUGGUCCCUUUCAGCUCUGUGAUUCCAUGAUCCAUUUACCUACCCAUCACAGGCAUGUGAUCCCUGGAAGGUUACCCACUAGGAAAUGUGGCUCUUAGGCCGAGGAAUUUUCUUCACUCUUGAAUUAAUAUCCAGGAGUGAGUUGUCUAGGUAACCAAACCAGUAUUAAAUAUCUCCAAGGACCAGCCAGUGAAUGCCGUUGGAAGGACAGAGGCAAUUGUGUGACUGUCCUUGGGAGGUAGGAAGAUACUGAUAUUAAUAUUUUACAUUUAAUUUCUGAGGUGGCUGUGUCAACCACAUGGGGAGAAACUGUUAUGUAUUGAAGUUUUCACCCUGGCCACCAGGGGUAUAGUGUACAGUGGUACCUCAGGUUACAUACGCUUCAGGUUACAGACUCCGCUAACCCAGAAAUAGUACCUUGGGUUAAGAACUUUGCUUCAGGAUGAGAACAAAUCGUGCUCUGGCGGCGUGGCAGCAGCAGGAGGCCCCAUUAGCUAAAGUGGUGCUUCAGGUUAAGAACAGUUUCAGGUUAAGAACAGACCUCCGGAACGAAUUAAGUACUUAUCCCAAGGUACCACUGUAUAUAGUUUCACUCAGGUCCACGUCAGUUAAUUUAGGCGAGAAACCCUGGGUUGUGACAAUGUUGACAGACGGCUGCCUAUAAAAGCAGGCCGGCUGAGCUGGUUAGGUCAGUUCCAGCUUACUUAUAAAGAACUAAUUGGAGAAAUAUCUGUGUCGUCUGCUAUGACCACCCACUAUUUAAUAGAAAUGGAAGCAGAACAACUACAAAAGGCAUGGCUUUGCAUAUAGCAUAAGCCUAUGGAUAGCUAUCAGGUUUAAAUCAAUAUGGCACAGACCAGGUGUGGUGAAUCUCUGACAGCCAGAUUUAAUUCCCUCUGAAGGGAAAGGGCUUUUGGAUUUCUUCAAAGUGUGCAGUUGUAGCUGCUUCCUCUGCAAGAAGAUAGUCUCAGCAGGCUUGUGUUCCCUGGAAAUAUAAAAGAAGCAGCCCAUGCAGUUUGCUGCUAUUGUUGCUCUUGCAAACACAAGUUGAAAUCAGAGGUUUUAAAUAGCUGCGAAGUUCAGGUUUGCAUUAGUGUUACAUUUUCUGGGAUUACUGAGGAUUUUGCCUUUUCCACAUUUUGGACAGAUAAAGGGCCUACAGCAGGAGAGUUCUUAUUUAUUCACAAAUUUAUUCACAAAGGGAAAGGUCUUUGAAGAAAAUAUAAAAGGGAAACUUGAACAACAUUAAAAUUAGAAUUAAGUGUUUGAAUCAAUAAUAUUAAUACAGAUAUUAAGAUGAAUUGGAAUUAGAAUUAAAAAUUUGGUUCUGUUUUCAUGGAAAAUGGCUUUCUCUCUUUCUGUGUGUGUGAUAUGGUGUGUGAAAGGUGUGUGAUUAUAGCCCCUCUCGCACCUGGACUAUAGUCUCUGGCAGCUUUCCUGUGGGCUAAUGCAGUUUUCAUGCCCAAAACUGAAAAACGAUGGUCACAGAUAGAGUGAGUCGUCUUCAAAUAUCUGGGCCCAAGUCAUUCAGCCUGUUGUAAGUCACCAUCUUGAAUUGGGCCUGGAAGAAUAUAGGUAGGCAGUGCAAAUGAUAAAUGUCUUAGCUUUAGGUAGUUAAACAAUGGAUGGUCUUUUAAACUGUGGGUGGGUUUAUUAUUUUCAUUAGUUACUGUGGUAUAUAUUUUUGUGUUUUUAUAUUGUAAACCACCCUGUGAUCCUUGGAUGAAGGGCUGUAUAGAAAUAAUAAUAAUAAUAAUAAUAAUAAUAAUAAUAAAUACUAAUAAUAAUUAAUAAAUAGAAUUGGAGUAAUAUGCUCCCACCUUGAUGUAACACUCAGCACCCAAAUGGCUGGAGGUUUGUCACUUCUAGCAUACAAACCUAACCUUUUCUUUUUUGAUCCUUUUUUCCUUUUGAAAAGGUUACAUUUCCCACGCUCCACUUAGCAAACAGAAAUUAUUUGCUCGGUGGAUUGGCCAGAAAUACUGCACUCCUGAAGGCUGUUUAGUGCUACACGUUACUGUUUACAGUUGGAUUCACAUUUAAUUAACUACUUUUAAAAAACUCAGAAGGUACUUACCUGUAGAAAUUGGUCAAAAAUUCCUUUGUCUGAUAAUGUUUCUUUACCAAGGUUUGGGUUGGUGGAAUAACAGCUCCUUGAAUUAGGAGUAAGGUUUUGUGGAUUCCAGUUCAUUGUAACUGCCUGUCAUAACUCUGUUAAUCGUGGUUCUAUCAACUUGAAAAACUGGAGCAUCAAAUUUGUAACAAUUUGUACUGUUAACAUUUUUGUUGAGCUACUCAAUGGCCUGGUUUACAUGUUAUGAUUAAACCAUGAUUUGUUUAGGCAAAGUGAGAUCCAUAGGUGCUAGGGGUGUGGGGCUCUCAGGGGCACCAGGCUAAGACUCUGGGGCCCAAGAGUUGAGUCCGGGGAAGAGCCUGCCCGUCGGUCGGAGCGCCACAGCGGGCUCUCUCUCUGCGACUUGAGUUUGGGGGUGACUGAGCUAGCAAGAUGCUGAGGUGGCCGGCCGGCUCUGCCCUCCUGCACACCUGGGACUAGGCAACCUGGGGGGGGGGGCGCUAGGCAGAUCUUUACACCCCGGCACCGCAUAUGCUUAAGACAGCCCUGGUGAGAACCCAUGGUUUUUGCUGGAUUAUGAACUAUGGGUUUUUAAAAUGAUGGUGUUUUAUUUGAAUGUCGCAAGCUUGCUUAAUCAUAGUUUGUUUGAUUGCUCUACCGUUGAUGCUUGCUUAAGCUACAAAGUAAUGGGAGCAGCUGGAAAACACGCCAAAUUUUGGAGGAACAACUUCUAGCUUGUUUACUCAUCGUCGGUUGAACAAGUGAUGGCAGAUUGAUUGAUUGAUUGACUAAUUCAAUUUGUAUCCUGCCCUUCCUUUUGAAGGAUCCCAGGGUUGCAGACAGAGCAAAGAUAAAAUAUGAAAAAGAACAAUAACAACUAAGACUGUUUCUAAUACCCCUCCUCUAAACAGUUAAAAGAAAUAUUGAUCAGUGAUCUGAGGUGUGCCAGGAACAGUGUCUUUUAGCAAUCAAAUGCCUAGGUAAAGAGAAAUAUUUUCAAAUUCCUACUGAAAGUCAGUGAUGAGGGGGACAGAUACACCUUAUUAGGGAAGGCAUUCAAAAAAUGAGGGACUGCCACUGAAAAGGCCCUGACCAGGUCAUUGCCAACCGGGAUGCCCCCACCACCGUGGUCAAUGGUGUCAAAAGUGAUAGCAUGCUUUAGUAUUCUAACAUGUUUUAAAUCAUUUUUCUUGAUUUUACUGUUUUAUCUUUUGUACUGUAAACUGCUUUGAUGUUGUUGCGUUUUUUGUUUUUACAAGGAAGCAGUGUAUAAAUUUUAUGAAAUAAAUAAAUAAAAGCCACUGAAAGGUCAAGGAGAACCAUCAGGGUCACACUCCCCCUAUCUUGAUAUCAGUCAUCAGUCAGGGGUAAUUAAGGGUGUUGUGCUUCUAAAACUGGGCGUGAAACCAGACUGGAAUGAUCUGAAGAAUCUGCUUCCUCCAAGCAUCCCAUAAACUGGCUAGGCACCACCCUCACAAUCACCUUGCCUAGGGAGGGAAUAUUAGAGACUGGUUGGUAGUGCCGUCUAGAAUCUCUGGUUUUCACAUCAUCACCUCUUUCAGGGAAGUGGCCACACCUCCCUCCUGUGGCAUGGCAUUAAUCUGAACUCAUCCAGUCAUUCCUGUUCUGUGAGAUGUUGCCAUACAUGAAGGGAUCAACAGGGCACAUAGUCAGCCUCACCACUGCAAGUGUCCUGUCGACAUUUUUGGGCUGCAGCAACUGAAAUUGAUCUUGCAAGCUGUCAUUGGGCAGGGCACCAGGGACCUCCAACAUGCCUUAACCAGUUUUGGCAUGGAGCGGAGUAGUUUCCCCCUCAACAUGAUUUGCAAAGCUGUUUGAGCAUGCUCCUGAGUGGUCCGUUUCUAAGUGACGCCACACUAGUCUGGACUGAUUUAAUAUCCUGCUCUAGACGAUUGCCUGCUGUGGAGCAAGGCUGCAAGUGGAGCGUUGAAAAAUCACUCAGGGCUCAAUUGAGUUGGUAAACAAUAUUUUCCAGCAUGUUGUGCCUUCCUAAUAACACCUGCCCUUUUCAUUUUCAUGGCUGUUUUAUCAGACUUCAUAAACUAGCGUUGCACUUAGAACAGAUACGUUUUUAAAAGGAGUGAUGUGCAUCACUAAACCUAACCUUGGGUGUAGCCAGGAUUUAUGUUGGGGGAGGGGGCAGACUUUUUGCUAGUGGGGGCAGAACCUCAGUUAAGAAAUCCCCCCCCCAUUGAUUUACUUGAUUUAGGGAGAACCUUCCCCCACCCUUCCCCUUCCCCCUUCCCUCCUUGGCUAUGCCCAUGAACCUAACUUAUCUUUUUGUUUCUAAUGGUCUUUCUUUCAACCAUUUCUCCCCAAGACUUUCCUUGCACUGAUUUUGUGUUCAUCCAUUCGCUCUUAAUUUACUGUAAGCUGAAUGGUGUUUCCAUUGUAGUGAUCAUGUUUCCAAGACUUGUUUGCUCUGAAAGAGUUCCGUGGAAUGGAGUAUCUACUGAGUGCACUAUUUAGAUUAAAAGCAGGUUUUACAAAGAGCAUAACCCAAAUGCAGCCAGCUUGUCUAGAUAAUACUUGCAAUUAGGCUUAUGGAUGUCUUUGAAAGGUUCAGUGAGUGAACAGGGUAUGAUCUUCCUUGAUCUGGUAUUCUUCAGUUCUUAGCAUUGGUUAAUGCCUGAACCUUGAAUAAUGCACAGGAAAUUCUGGUUUUGUGAGAGCAAUUAUUUUGUUGCAAAAUAAAUUUGGCUUUGAUUGCAACACUGAAUUUUCUCAGUUAAGGAAACUGUGCUGAGCUUUUUGCCUCCCUUAUUGGCAGAUGACUCUGUGUGCUCCUCUGUUUCCUUGGCAGGGAAAAGCAUGAGAGUCAUUUCUAUUCUUCUGCAGUUUCUGUCUGAAAAAUGGUUGAAAACACUGCUAAAGCUGCAAUCUCCAUGCACAUGUGCUCUGUGUACCAGGAGUGAGAGGAUCAGGGAAACUAUCAUACCUUUCUAGAUGGGCGAAAAGCAUAGUGAGGCUGUGACCAGCACACUGGAGGUCUGAAGGCGUUUAUAGGGAUAUGAUGAUGCGACUUGUGGGUGGUGUCAACUGCUGGUGCCUAGCCUUUAUCACAGAGGUGGGUGGCUCUCAUAAAUAGACAGAUGGAGACUGGUUUCCAAGGAGGCUGCCUUUCUAGGGUGGUGACAAGUAUUGCCAUCAGUGAAGGCUGCCGUCUUCUUGGAGUAUGAUCCGAAGGUUAAACAGAUCUAGGUCCAAUAAUUGCCUGAGAGGAGGGCUGCGUGGCACCCCCAUGUUUGCUGCUUUGACGUCCAUCAUGGAACAAAAGCAGAAUAUAAGGCUACAUUCACACCAUAAAUUUCAAGUGCUGUGAUAUGUUGGACCCUUGCCAAUCUUGCUUGCAAUCAGAGCCAAGCACAGUUGUAGACAUGAUGUUGUUUGAUGACGGAGGGACAUUGGAUAACAUCCAAGGUUACUCAUUCUGAGUGUAGGCCCACUGAAGUCAAAAGGACAUGAACUUGCUAUCAAAACAAAUACUCAAGAAAACACUAACUGUAUAAAGGUAAGCACAGGUUACAUGUGCUUCUAAGUCAGGGUGGUCCAACUUUUUAUCCAAGUGGGCCGUGAGAGCGCUUUGACAAUAUGGAACCUGUGGGCCUCACACUGCCUUGUUGUAUGGGAGGGGAGAGCAAGGCCCAAAUUUAACACCUCCCCAGCUAUAAAAACAGCUAAGGUUUUGGGAAAGAGUCAUAUGGCUCUUGCAGGGUCCUAGAGCCUGCCUUUUUCCAAAGCUGGAAAAGUGCUAACUGUGCUUUGGGAAGAAGGCGGGAGGUCUCUAGGACCUAGAGUGCCCCAAAAGACCUCAGGGCCGUAUGUUGGGCUGCCCUCUUCUAAAUGGUGUUUGAAACAACUUUCUGUAGUUUAAAAUAUAACAAGUUCCGCAUAGUUUAUUGUAUGGUUUUAGUUCACACCUUUGGUGAUUUAAGCCAUCAAACCCAGGAAGAAGACUACAAAUUGGUUGCUUCUUGUUAUUUUAUUUUUAAAUAGUUGAUGAAUGUUUUGUGCUAAAGCCUUGAAAAAUCUGGAAUGAAGGCUAUGAAUUUUGUAUCUGCAGUGCUGGUUUUUUGUCUGUUUGUUUGUUUGUUUGCAAUAUCAGUUAGUGGAUAUUGCCUUUCAUGAUUUUUAUAUUUAUCCAGCCAUUGGAGGCCACCCCCCAAAUAGCAAAUGCUGAGACCCAGCUCCUGGGGGGGGGGGGGCUGGAGGCUAGGCAAGCAUGGCUUUGGGGCAGGGAAAGCAUCCUCACCUAGCUUUUAUUUUUGCCAAAACAGUGUGCAAAAGUCGUCUCUGUAUAUUAUAUGCGCUGCUUGCAAAGGAGCACACUGGAGCCACUCAAUUCAGAGAACAAUUAUAACUUCUAGUUAUGUCAGCACAAGUUCUGUCAAGCCAGGCCCGUAGCAAUAUGCCUCCAAAGGGAAAAGCGUUUUAUAAAAGCCCUCCAGGUCCUGGCUUCCUUUCUAUACAUUCUUCCAUUUAGUUGGCCAAUAGCAAUGCACCCAAAGGAAAGGUAUUGUAGCCCUUUGAAUAUGUAGUAGUACAUUGACAGAUCUUCUGCAGUGCAACCUGCCACUCCUAGGGCUGCUACUGAGGAGACUAAAGGGAGAGAGGAGGGUUCUUAGGAGUUGAGGCAUGUGUAUUGGCGACUUUCCAAACUCUGGAUUGGCUCAGGAAAUGAUCCAAGUUCUUUCCAAAUCUUUCGGAAUGAAUUUGCAUGAUGGGAGAGGGUGUAUCAGGCCAAAUGCCUAUCUAGUUCAGCAUCCUGUUCUUAUAGUGGCCAACCAGGUAUCUAUGGGAAGCCUGUGAUCAGGACCUGAGUUCAACACAGGGGCGUAGCUAGCCGCUCCGGCACCCGGAGUGGCAAGGGCAGGGCGAGCCGCCCAGGGGGCUGCCGUGAUGAUCCACCCGGGGGGGGGCACCACGUCAAUCUGCUCAGGGGGGCUCCGCGGCAAGCUGUGCAUUGAGUCCGCCUGGCGGACGCAAGACCCAUGCUGCUGUUUCGGGCAGCGCGGGGCCCUGAGCCACCGUGUCACUCCCAGGAGAGAUGCGUGGCUUGGGCGUGCUGCAGGCCAGGCCCUGUAGUAAGUGCCGCCCCCCGUGGUGUGCCAUUUUGUCACCCCCUCAGGGAUGACACCUGGGGUGGACCGCACCCCCCGCACUCCCUUCCUACACCCCUGGUUCAACAGUGCUCUCCCCAAUAGUGAUUCCCAGCAACAGGUAUUCAGAGAAAUACUGCCUUUCACAGUGGAGGUAGAACAAAGCCACUGUGGCUAGUAUCUACUGGUAGUCUUCCUCCCCUACCAUGAAUUUGUCCCAUCCUCUUUAAAGAACCAUUCAAACUGGUGGCAUCACAAUAUCCUGUGGGAGCAAACUCCACAGUUUUAACUAUCUGCUGUGUGGUGAAGUGCUUUAUUUUGUCUGUCUGGAAACUUCCAGCACUUAGUUUCAUUUGGAGGCCCUGAAUUCUAGUAUUAUGAGAAAGCGAAAUGUGUAAUUUUAUACACUUCUGUCAUGUAUCUUCUGAUUCACCUUUCUUUCAAAGCUAAAAAUGCCCCAAAUGUUGUCACCUUUCCGCAUGGGGAACUUGUUCUUGAUGAUUUUGGUUGCCCUUUCCUGAACCUUUUCUUGCAAUAUCCUUUUUUGAGGCGAGGUUACUGAAACUCUACACAGUGUUUCAAGUGUGGUCUCACCAUAGACCUGUAUAACACUAUUACAAUAUCAGCAGUUUGAUUUUUAGUCCCUUUCAGUAGCAGCCACAGAACGAAGGAAGAUCUCUUUCCCUCUACAAAGUGACUCACUGAGAUUAUGUACUGCCUGACGCAGGUGGCUGUUACUGAUUGAAUAAUGCUAUUUUAAUAGCUUUUUAUCUGAUGAUUAGUACAUUGUAUUGGAGUAUUUGAGUUCUGAUUUGUUUUUGACUCUUAGAUUCUUUUGACUAUAAUGCAUCUGACUAUAAUGCAGUUAAGUCAUUUUCUAAAUAAGAUAAAUAAUUUUUGAGAUGAGCGAGUUCUCACUCAGUUAUAAUGCAAGCUGCCAUAUCACAGCCUUCGAUAUUUGGAGAAAGCUGGAAAUGGAUUAUUGAUUGUCUUCUUUAUCUAUGUGAAAAUACAGCUUUAAGCACAGAGUAAGGGACCAAAAUAAAAAAUAAAAAAUGAGUUCACCAAAUAGGUUACACAGGAUAUAGCAAGGCUGGUGUCAUUAGCAGUGCACAUGUGUUAAGGUGACAGUAAUUACUAGGGAAUUACGUGAGUUCCUGCUGUUGAAAUAGCACUGAUGUUAAUUAAGCAGAUCCGAUGUGGCUUGGAUAAUGUUUGCAGCCCUGACAGAUAGGGCUUCUGGCAUAUGACGGCUGUUAAAACAAGCGUCACUAGUGAUUUAUGAGUCUGAACACUGAAGUGGCAAAUGUAUUUUGUUUCAUACAUGAAGCAGGGAUUGGCCUUUCCAAUUUCCAUGCUUGUUGAUGUCUUGUUACAAACUAGGUGUCAUUAGAGACAUUAAGACCCAGGGAAAAUUGGUCGAUGUAUCGAUUCAUUGCACUCCUAAAGCCUGAUAAACUGCUGGGCUCCCAUGGUGACUGUGGGGCCCUUGGUGCCAACCAAAGCCUUCUGGGAGUCCUAAUUUUGGGGGAGAGGGGUGCCUAAGUCCCAGCUGUUUUAUGAAAUUAUAUUUUGUGCUGUCCACAACAGUUUGUUAGAUUUCACAUUGGGUCCAAAACGGUUGGGAACCUUUGAAAGCAGAGAGGGGUUUUGUGUGGAACAACUAAAACAACGGCCCUCUUAUAUUUACAUUUUUUUUAAAAAGAAAACUUUUUCCCCAAAGCAUUUUCUUGAAUUAUGUAUAAAAAAGAAUAUAAACACAAUUGGGAUAUACACCAAAGAUAAAUUGUUUGCCUGUCACAUUACAGAACCACUCAUCACUUGAUGUUUAACAGCUGUGCGAGAGGACAACAUUUUUUAAAAAAUAAAUCAUAGUUAUGCAGUCCAAAUUUCAUGAAUUGCUGCUGGCAAAGAUCUUGAUAUAUCUACCUUUUCACUGGCAUUGCUCUAGAUAAAUUUAUGGGGAUGGUGUUUCACCUCCCCUUUCCCCCCAUCUAGAAAUGUGAGUUUCUGAAUGAUGAUGUUGCUGUCUGCUUACUGAGCUCCAACCAUGUGUACCCAUCUUUGUCCACUGUCAUGUUGACAGGGCUGGCCCACCCAUGAGGCAAGGUGAGGUGACUGCCUUGGUCUGCAGGAUCCACAGGGGUAGCAGAUUUGGCCUCCAAGAAAUACGUAACCCAGUGCUGCAGUUGCUGCCGUAGUGGAGAUAACAGCUGGGGUGCAGUUCUUGGAGGCCAGAUCUGCUGUCACCUCAGCAGCUCCUUCCAGUUCUGCCACCUACAGAGGUGGUGCUACUGGUCUCCUCUGACCCUUGGCCCCAAUGUAGAUCUUCAUUCCACCCUUGUUCUUCACGCAGAUCUUCACUUACCUCUUCUCCCCUGGCUGGAGGGUGUCGUGCCAUUUUGUUGUUUUCUUCAGGUGCCAAAAUGUCUUGGGCCAGCCCUGCACAUUGCUAUUUCACCCCCCCUCCAACUUUUCCUUUGUUGUUUUCCCAAUAAGGCAUAGUUGUGUAGAUCCCAUAGCAGCUGUUUUCUCCCAGGUUUAAUUCGUAAUUAUUAUAUGAAUAUGGGACGCAGGUGGCGCUGUGGGUUAAACCACAGAGCCUAGGACUUGCUGAUCAGAAGGUCGGCAGUUCGAAUCCCCGCGACGGGGUGAGCUCCCGUUGCUCGGUCCCAGCUCCUGCUAACCUAGCCGUUCGAAAGCACAAAGUACAAGUAGAUCAAUAGGUACCACUCCAGCGGGAAGGUAAACGGCGUUUCCAUGCGCUGCUCUGGUUCGCCAGAAGCGGCUUAGUCAUGCUGGCCACAUGACCCGGAAGCUGUCUGCGGACAAACGCUGGCUCCCUCGGCCAAUAAAGCGAGAUGAGCGCCGCAAUCCCAGAGUCGGUCACGACUGGACCUAAUGGUCAGGGGUCCCUUUACCUUUACUAAGGACUCAUAAAUUUGAAGUGUGCAAAAGAACAUAGAGAACUGCCAUCCAUGGUACCAACCUUUCCAUAUUGCUGCCACCGCCACUGUGCUUAUAAGCUCCCAAACUAGUGGGGAAGCAAGGAUCCCCAUAGGUCCUCGUGCUGUUAUCCUAGAAUUUGGGGGAGCUGCCAGCCAACUUCCUUCAGCUUCCACCGGGUGCAAGAGUUGAUCCAUAUCUUUAAUAUUCCCUAAACUUUAAAGCAGUCUGGCUCGUGGGAGAUGAACCAUAGUGUUCUAUAACAACCAGCCUACCUACUGUAUUCAAAAAAGGUUAAGAGAGUUUAUUUUAGAAAAACAAUGAGUAAGGACAUGGGGGAGAGUGCAAUAUGUAAUAAAACAUAAACUCAGCAUCUAACUAACACUUGAUCAACGCUUGCAGGCAGAUGGAACAUUCUUCCAGAUGUUCCAGUGAACACAAAUAAGACUUUGGUAUAAUACUGCUUUAAAUAUAUGGUAUUAAUAUGGUCUAACACUUUGCCCUCCUAUGUGGGGUCAGCCCUUCAGUGAUCUGGUUACCAGUGAUCUUCAGUAUCUUCAAUAGUGGUUCCUGGGAAUGCUUGUGGAUGAGCUCUGCAACCUCAUGGGAUCUCAGGGUUGUAUCCAAUGUUAGCCACACUCCACUGAAAUGAAUGCCCACCUCCCAUUCCCCUUACAGAGCUACAAGCUCCAGAGUGGUUUAACAAUCAUUCCUUCUUUACAGAGAACUCGUGAGAGUUGUACAGUAACUCUAGGUGUUUCCUACCAACUCUUAGUGCCCUUAGCAAACUAUGGCUUCUAUUAUUAUUAGUAGUAGUAAUAGUAUUAGUAUUAGUAUUAUUAUUAUUAGGGGGGAGCCAUUGCUGUUCAACAUGGUAUCACAAUGUUUUAUGGUGUGAAUGUAGCUUGGUUCUCUGCUGCCUUGGAGGCAAGACUGGUUCUAAUGUGCUUAUGUUACAGUAGGGUUCAUUUUGGUUGAACGUCAGAAAUUUACUGAUGUCAGGAACAAGUGGACAAUGGAACCAGUAACCUAAGGGGCUUGGGGGGAGGUUCGGGCAGAGGCUGGAGAUGCUUUGGCUCUGGAUUACCUGCACUGAGCAGAGGGAUGGACAAGAUGUCCAGUGAUAUUAAUGUACUUCAUGUUACUUGACUGUUGUCAAAAGUUUUGGAUGAGCAAGCCCCACAAAUGUCACAGAACACUUGGAUACCAAGUGUUCUCUUGAAUCUGCUACUCUUCUGCUCCCUCCUGAAAGUUAACAGAUCACAUGAGCUUAUUUGGUCAUUGUUGUGCUUUAUGUGUAGGGAUGACAUAUAUCUAGAAUUUCUCGAACAUAGCCAGGAUUAAUCCAUCAAAAAUGGCGGAAUUUUUGAAAGCCGGUUAAAAUGUCCAGGAAAACCUGGGCAUAUGGCAGCCCACACCGGAAAAGUGUUGAAUUGUUUUCACUUCUUGAAAUAUGGCAACCCUAUUUAUGUGGCCACACCCAAAUUCUGAUUGAUAAGCUCACACAGUAGCCAUAUGAAUAGCAGGGAUAAGAUGUUUGCUUUUACCAGUUGCUGGAAGCUGCAGAAGGGGAAAUGCUUGUGAUCAAGUCCUGCUUAAGGGGUUCCUACAGGCAUCUGGUAGGCCACUGUGAGAACAAGAUGCCCGGACUAGGUGGGCUAUUGGUCUGACCCAGCAGGCUCUUCUUAUGUUCUUAGAAACUGUAGCUUUUGGUAGGGUAUUGUAACCAGUGCUUCCACUUGAGCAAUAAGUUAAGGUUCUGCUGAUGGAACUAACGUGAACUGGCGGUAAACUUUGAUAUCAGGUGAGUCAUAGUAGUCACUGUUGAAAUAAGGAGAAAGAUCCUGAGAGAAGUUGAGACUGAAUAUUUGCACUCUUGAUGGAAUGUCUGAUAAGUGGAAACAUCUGGCGAAAGCUGUUAGAGCAGUUUAAAACAGAGAAGCAAACUAUUUGUAUCAUGUUCUGCAUAAAAAACAUAAUUGUGACUUGUUUGUUAAUAUUUCAGAUUUUUCUGCUUGCCUGCCCACCCUGUCAUCUUGCAAUGGUUGUCUUCAGGUAACACUUUUAUCAACUUUCCUAUGUCAUUUAAUUUUAUGUGAAAUAUUUUAGGCCACAUGUCAGAGAAAAAAAAGCUUGCUGUGAUUGCUAGUCACUUCAUGAAAAAGGUGACUUGAAAAGAAAAGAUAAAAUACAAACAGAUAAAAUCAAUUUAAAAUCAGAAAAUUUAAAACAAUGUACAUUACAUGAUUCCUAAAAUGCUCACCCAGCAAUACAAUAAUGACCCUAGAGCAGCAUGUAAUAGUUACAUAACAAAUAUAUGAAAAAUAGUUACAUAAAAAAUAUCAGAAAAUAAAAAGCAUUAGAUCAGGAAAACAUUAAAAUAAUUUAAAACUUAUAUCAGUAGGUAUGGGUCUGAUAAAUUCAGUUAUUUCUAAAUGCUUGCACACACAAAAAUGCAUCUUUUGGCUGUGUCACUAACCGGAAAAUGUCACUAACUGGGAAAAUGUGCGUCAUUAUAUACCAAUUACAUAAGCAUUGAAAUAUAAACAUCCUUAUCUAUCUAUCAUCUAUCUAUCUAUCUAUCUAUCUAUCUCUCUCUCUCUCUCUCUCUCUCUCUCAUCUGUCUGUCUAACAUCUAUAAUUAAAAUAUGCAAUAAAACAAACACAGUAAUUAAAACUGUAAUUAAAACUGGCUUGGAUUGAGAGAUGAAGAGAAUGUUUGUAUAUAGGUGCAUCAUCUGAAGCCAGCAGAAUGCCAAUAUGGAUAGGCAUGGAUAAUGCAAAUUUCUUGCAUUAAAAAAAAAUCUUCUUACAUUUUAUGCAGUCAUAUGGAACAUCUGUUAAAAAAUAUAUGUUCUUACAUUGUAAAGGUGACCCUGUACUUUCCCUUUUUUAGGUUGCAGAUGCAUAUGCUUAAUGGGGCACUCUUGGCGUUGCUGUUUCCUGUGGUUAACACUCGAUUGGUGAGUAAGCAAAACCUGCCUUUCUCCUUACUUGACUCUGUGUUCUCUCCUAGAUAUUACUCUUACAUUCCAUAACAACACUCUUUCCCUGGAAAGACACUUGACCUUUGCAGUGGAUUCCAGGCAAGGCCAACGUGGAAGUCAGCACACAGUACCACUUAGGCAAUGCUCUCAUUUUUAACAGAGUACAGUGAUCUUCGACCACACAUAUUUGUAAUAAUGGAAGUACGGGUUAUGCUAAUGUCUCCUUUUCAGGUAAGAAUGUUUAUCAUGCAGCAAUUAAACCCAAAUAAUUAAACAAUCAUUAAACAUAGCUAUAUAACUAUGUGGGUCACUUAAAGCAAGAGAACCCCACACUAUUUGACUAGAAUCUGAAUGCACAGAGUGCAAUUUUGUGUACUGUUGGUUGUUUGCACCGAUCUGUCUUGACUUCACCCCCCAGUGGCCUCUGGGUGUGAAGUCAAACCACUGAAGAAUCACAUCACCUGUUGUGACUGCAGAGAUAGUUAACUCAUAACUGCUGCCUCCCUUCACCUUUUCCAAAAAUAAAAUAACCAGGUAUUCAUAUUUUGGAAUGAGCUAUGGAGCUGUGCAUAUUUUUAUUUAUCCAAAUUUUGUUCUCCAGCCUAUCAUUUUAGAACAAAAGGUGUCCUGUCUUGAUGACAGUGACUGAAAAGAAUUGGGUUAGCAAACUCAAAUCUUGUUUCGAUACUUUAGCAGUUCUUCCCAAUCUACAGAGAAUCUUAAUGAGAUGUCUUACGAAUCAACAGCUGGCUAGAUUAAAAGGUAAAGGGACCCUUGACCAUUAGGUCCAGUAGUGGCUGACUCUGGGGUUGCAGCGCUCAUCUUGCUUUAUUGGCCAAGGGAGCCGGCUUACAGCUUCCGGGUCAUGUGGCUAGCAUGACUAAGCCACUUCUGGCGAACCAGAGCAGCGCAUGGAAAUGCCAUUUACCUUCCCGCCGGAGCAGUACCUAUUUAUCUACUUGCACUUCGACAUGCUUUCGAACUGCUAGGUUGGCAGGAGCAGGGACCGAGCAACGGGAGCUCACCCCGUCGUGGGGAUUCGACCCACCGACCUUCUGAUUGGCAAGCCCUAGGCUCUGUGAUUUAACCCACAGCGCCACCCGCGUCCCUAUUUAAGAUUAAGACCAGAUUAACGAUUACCUUCAUUAUCAAGAUUAUCAUGGCUUUAGCUUAGAGGAGCAGAAGUGAACUUGUUGGCAAGCCAGAAUGCAACUUUCAGUCAGAUUUCAUUCUCCAGAUUUUGCACUGCCAUUUCCAUUUCCCCAAAUGUGCACAAAAUACAAAUUUCACUUUUAAAAUGUAUUUUAAAACUGUGCAUUCUAGGGGGUAAUAUACUGAAAAGCAUACAAAACACGUAUUUUUGGAGGAAAAAUCUAUACAACCUGGUCAAAACAUGUACAAUUUAAAUGCAGAUUCCUCUCCCCUAUACAUUCUUAAAAACAGAAUGAUUGAACGCCAGUGAAACUGACAUGGUUAAUCUAUCCAUUCUUGCUCAUGUCAAAAAAACUGUUGAUUCUUUCCCCCCUUAGUGCCCAACUUGAGUGUGCAGAGAAAGGGAUGCCUCAGGUAGAUGGCACCUGUCUUGUUGGUGAGAACUAGGCAGGCAGCAUAGCAACACCCUCUGUUUGGAGAAGCCCAUUCAAGACUUGCUUGCCUCUCAUAAGUGGGUGUUCCUAGAGGGAGGCCGUUUCAAACUGUUCCAUUUGUAUAGGAUGUCACUGGCUGCGGUGAUGGUGGUAGCACACACUAGUCCUCUGAAAUAUUUGUUCACCUGCCUCCACUAACUUUUGCCUACAAAAUGCUAAAUCCAGAUAUAAUGACUUUAGCUUGCUGUAGGCCUUUGGCAUGGUGAAUCACAAAUAGGUAUCUGCUCUGAAUUAAUGCAGAGGAUUCAGGGGGCCAGUGAACUCACAAACUGCCAGUGAAAUUAACUCUUUAUUCAAAGAAAUAAGACAGCUCAGGCCUAAUGAGCCCAGUAGAUCUUGCCCCAACUAGGCAGUUCUGAGGACUGAAAGUCCCUGCCUUCCCACAGCACCCUAAGAUGACUCCUUGCCCUGGUCCUUCCCAAGCAAUCUGAGACUUCAUUGCCUUGUCUCCCUUUGCUCUGCCCUCUGCUGUGUCCAGGAGGGCAGCGGAGCUGAUUGCAGCAGGAUGGGGAGACUUCCUGGCUUCUUCAGCACCCCGCCUGAUCUCUGCUUUGUGGCCCCUUCUCUUCUCCAGCCUCCUCUUUUGCCUGGUCUGCUCUCUGCCCCAGACUCUUCCUGCUUACCAAACCCUGUUGCCUCUUCAGCUUCUGACACCCCCCCCCUCCCAGCCUGCUCCCUCUUCUCCCUCUGACCAUUCAUUGUUGUCCCACCACCCAAUCCCCUGGCUCUGAGCCUUCUUCCCUUGCAGGUCACCCAGCUGGUGCCCCCCCCUUCUGUAGCCAGCCAGUCCAUGGCAUUCUAUAAUAUAGGAACUUUCCUGAAACACACACACAAAACAAAAACAAAAACAGGGAAGUUAAACACAAAUUUUAAAAAGAAAUGCAAAAGAUAUACAGUUUCCUUCUUGAAAAGAUUUUUUUUUAACCAAGUCAUUUAAAUGCUUUAAUUUUCAGAAAGCUAAUGAAAUAAAGCACAACUUUUAUCUGUUACAGGUCUUCCUUACUAAUCCCCCCUUUCGUGUUGGACCAUUUUAAUUAGGGCUGAGAGGAAAUUGUCACAUAUCAUGAAAGCGAGUGUAUAAGAAGCCAGCUGUCAUAAUUACAAAAGUCAGUUCGGUAAUUUCUAAUAUGCACAGCACCAAACCUUUCUUUAUAAGGAGUAGUUUUCCCGGCUUUUGUUGGAAAGCUUAGAACCCGCUGAACAGAUUGACACAAACAAGGUGUCAUUGAAACCCCCAUGAUGUACAAACAAAGUACUUCCAGUGCUCAGUUUCACAAUCUGCUCGCUGACAUUUAUAAUUCAAAGAUCUGCCAAGCCCCCACUUUAGCACUUGGGUGUUUGUUCCUGCUGCCUGACCAUGUUAGCCACAUAGUGAACAGCAGCAAUUUAGGCCCAGGGUUCUCUGCCUGAGCAGGCUUUGGUGAUCCAAAUGUAGAAAUAAUAAAGGCCUGGUUCGCAGGAAACUAUGGUGUACUGAGACCGUGUGAAUGCACUGCCUCCUAGGGAGAAAAUCACAGCCAGUUUGUUCCUCUCCAAUCUUUUUUAUCCUAGUGUGUGGUAGAGCAGCUCAGACAACCAGUGCUGGCCCACCAAUGAGGCAAGGUGAGGCAACUGCCUCGGGUGGCAGGAUCCCCAGGGGCAGCAAAUCCUGAUGUAGGUCUUUAUUUCCCCCCGUGUUCCUGAUGUAGCUCUUCUCUAACCUUUUCUUCCCUGGCAGGGAGGGAGACCCCAUUUUGUUGUUUGCCUCAGGUGCCAAAAUGUAUUAGGCCAGCCUUGAAGACAGGGCUUGGCUUAAUGUAUCAUUCAAACCCAGGGUCAUGAGUAAUACUUCUCACCUAACCAUGAGCUACAGCCCAGGUUUCUUCCUGGCUGCAGAUCAAGGUUUUUUAUUUAAUAAUAAUAUCCUGCCUUUUUCUCAGACCAGGAUUCAAGGCGGCUUACACAAAUUAAAACAGCACUGAUAAAAUACAAAACGCUAAAAACAUAUUAAAAAUAAUAGUUGAAAAGUAAUUAAACUCUAAUAGAAUUAAAACAAUAUAAAAACAAAUAUUUUAAGAUGCAGAUCAUAAAAAGAGCACAGCACUAUUUAAAAGCCCUUUCCUUAUAAACAAAAAACAAAAACCCCCCACCAGUCUCCCAAAUCCAGUCAGAAUAAAACAGUUUUCACCUGCUGGCGGAAGGACAACAAGGAGGGAGCUAAUCUAGCUUCUCUAGGGAGAGAGGACCUGGAUGACAUUCUGAUCAGAGUUCUGUCUUAAUUGCAAUGUCGCGCUGAGCUAAAAUUACCUGGGAGGGGAGGAACAAAGUAGCUGCAGUUUCCUUCCUGAGAGUUUACACAUGCACACUAAACCCUAGUCUGGUUUAGCAUUACAUGCAAAUGUGGCAGUUUCCCCCUCUCAACUUCUCAAACAUGGUUAAGUGUUUGGAUCCGCCGCCCCACCCCCAAUGAAAAGAGAGCCUGGAGUCCCCCAUGGGGCUAUGGGCUAAUUUCUCUUUUCCCACAUACAUUUCCCUCCCAGGCUUUUUCACCAUUAACUGUAGCAGCGGUUCCCAACCCCGCAAGCCACCUGCUUGUGGACCACUUAAUGUUUUUUCUACCUGUUGAAGCAAUUGCAAUGCACUGUGCUAGAUACUGUGCGGGUUUUAACUGCAUUUUUAAAAAAAUCGCUUCUUUCAUUUUCUAUUGCAGUUUUCCAUUUUUAUACUUUUAUUUAUUUCAUUUACAUCCUGCUUUUCUUCCCAAGGAGCUCAAGGUGACAUAUAUGGUUCAAUUCCUCCCUCUUUUAUCCUCACAAUAACCCUGUGAGGUAAAUUAGGCCCGAGACUGUGACUGGGCAAAGGUUUUCCAGUGAGUCCCAUGGCUGAGCAUGGAUUUGAACCUGAGACUCCCAAUUCCUAGUCCAACACCACACAUGAAUUGAUAUUGCAAUACAAUAUAAGAAAUAAAAUAAACAGCAACGUCAUUAAAAAAUAGUAGAUAUAAUAUAAUGCAAUGCAUAUGGUGCCUCCCAUCUUUAACCAAAAAUCCACAUACAUGUCACAGACCACUUGAAUGAAGCUCAAAAGCCACCUGUAAUCUGUGGGCCACAGUCUGGAAAUCCCUGUCUGUCUGGUAAAGGUAAAGGGACCCCUUACCAUUAGGUCCAGUCGCAGACAAAUCUGGAGUUGCGUGCUCAUCUUGCUCUAUAGGCCGAGGAAACCGGUGUUUGUCCAUAGACAGCUUUCGGGUCAUGUGGCCAGCAUGACUAAGCCGCUUCUGGCGAACCAGAGCAGCACAUGGAAACGCCGUUUACCUUCCCGCCAGAGCAGUACCUAUUUAUCUACAUGCACUUUGAUGUGCUUUCGAACUGCUAGGUUGGCAGGAGCAGGGACCGAGCAAUGGGAGCUCACCCCGUCGUGGGGAUUCGACCCACCGACCUUCUGAUUGGCAAGCCCUAGGCUCUGUGGUUUAACCCACAGCGCCACCCACGUCCCUGUCUGCCUGGUAGGAAGGUGCAAAUAAUAUAUAUUUUAAAACCAGACUAUGUAAGGACAAAAGUUGAUGCACAAAUUUCCUGCUAGGUCUAUCAUAUAGUAGGCCUUGCAAUACAUUUUGCCUAAUGUAUUUUCCAUGGAGGCGCAGGUUACAGCAACAGCCAAGGCGACAUUUUUCCACCUUCGCCGCAUCAAGCAGUUGGUCCCUUAGCUUUCCCGCCCCGACCUGGCCACAGUGAUCCAUGCGACGGUCACCUCCUGGCUUGACUACUGUAAUUCACUCUACACGGGGCUGCCCUUGAAGCUGUUCCAGAAACUCCAGCGGGUGCAGAAUGCUGCAGCGAGGCUCCUCACGGGGUCUCUACCAUGGGAGCAUAUUCACCUAGUGCUUUUCCAGCUGCACUGGCUCCCAGGUCAGAUUUAAGGUGCUGAUUUUGACCUUUAAAGCCCUUCACGGCCUAGGACUCUCAUACCUACGGGAUCGCCUCUCCCGGUAUGCCCCACAGAGGACCUUAAGGUCCAUAAAUAGCAACACCCUAGUGGUCCCAGGCCCUAAGGAAAUUAGAUUGGCUUCAGCCAGAGCCAGGGCCUUUUCAACACUGGCUCCGGCCUGGUGGAAUGCUCUGUCUCAUGAGACCAGGGCCCUGCAGGAUCUGAUUUCUUUCCGCAGGGCCUGUAAGACAGAGUUGUUCCACCUGGCCUUUAGCUUGGAGCUAAUUUGAUUCCCUCCCCCUCUUUCUUUUUUCUUUUCCCUUCUCCUCCUGCGAUGAGGCUACAUUUUAAUAUUUUAAUGUUUCAAUAUUUUAAUGUAUUUUAAUUUUGUUUUUAAGUUGUAUUCAUUCAACUUGUUUUUAUUAUUGCUUGUUAGCUGCCCUGAGCCCGGCCUUGGCUGGGAGGGUGGGGUAUAAAUAAUAAUAAUAAUAAUAAUAAUAAUUAUUAUUAUUAUUAUUAAUGUCUUUAAUGUGGUCAGUGCCCUCCAGGUAUAUGCAGACCUGUUUAUUUUAAAUUUCAUUUGUAUCCCACCUUUUCUCCAGGGAAGUACUUGGAGUAUACUUCGUCUUCCCCUUGCAAUAACUCUGUGAGGUAGGCUAGGCUAAGAGGCAGUGACUAGCCCAAGCUUGCCCUUUGAGCUCCUUGGCCGAGUGAGGAUUAGACUAGCAUUGAAUCAAAUCUAAACUUCAUAAAAGACCACAUGAGAAAAACAUUAAGUUGUUUGGGUUCCAGACAACAAACCUAGUAAAAUAAACUGUGUAAUCUGGAAACAUUGGCAGCUUUCGUAAAUUUCUUAACUGCAUUUGCACCCUGCCUGUGUAACUGGAUGACGAAUGCUAAACUUAGACCACUGAAGAACUAGCUCCUCUUGGGACUGGGAUUAUGGCAACAUCAAGCUUUGACGUUGCUUUGCUCAGCUGCCUUUUCCAAGGCAAACCUCCAAAUGGUGUUCUGCUACCUCAUAAGGCCUGUUUGAAACUAGAAACAUAGACCUAUGAAUUCUGGAAGCAAGAAGAGGCAGAGCGGAAGUUGGACUUCCAAGAAGCACAGCUUGAAUCCUAGGUGGCAGGGGCAAUGUACUUUUUAAAAAAUCAAAAACAAGCUCUGCAUCGUCGAUUCAGUUUGUCAGAUAAAAGUACAGUGGUACCUCAGUCUAUGAACAGUCCUGUUAACGAACUAUUCGGGAUACGAACUCUGCAAAACCGGAAGUAGGUGUUCCAGUUAGUGAACUUUGCCUCGGAAGCCGAACUGAAGCCGAAUGGCGGAAGGGCACCAGCAGCGGGAGGCCUCAAUAGGGAAAGUGUGUAUCGGUUUAAGAACGCUUUGGUUUAAGAACGGACUUCCGGAACGGAUUGAGUUCGUAAACCAAGGUACCACUGUAGUGUCCCAAAGCCUGUGGGGAUUGAAUCAGGUUCCACCUUGGCUCUGACUUCUUUAUAUGGCUUCAGGCAAAGUGCUAGAAUUCAUCAGCAUCAGUUUUCCAUUUGUAAACUGAGGAAAAUUUCUCUGUAUAUUCAUAGAGUUUAUAGACCACCCUGUAGCUGUUUCCUGUGGAGCUCACAAAAAAUAUCUCCUAGACUAGGGUUAUUCUAAGAAGUAAUUUAGAUUUAGGGGCUUGUCGUGGAAAUAAGUAACUCAAGUUGAAGUCUAGGAAGAAAACGUAACUCUGAAGAGCUUUGCAUGUGGUCUUUUAGUAUUUAUUUAUUUAGUUAGUUAGUUAGUUAGUUAGUCCUUUAGAUCUCCGUUAAUUGUCACAUUAAUUUGUGUGUCACAUGUGAUUUUAAGAGGCAUUUACUUUAGAAAUCAAAAGAUAAAGUAGAACCUAAGCAUUGAUUUCUAAUUUACUUUCAAAGGGAUUUGGUGUAGAAAACGAUGGUGAAACUGGCAUAGAGCAGAGGUGGGGAACCUCCUGCCAGGGGCCAAAUGCACCCUCCACAGUCCUCUCUCUUUGAGCCUCAGGACUCUCCUCGUACUAGGCUUCCUACUUAGCCAGAAUCCCUCUUCCCAGGUCACACCUUCUCCUCAGCGAAUUCUCUCUGACUAGGCCAACUGCGUGCACCCUCUUUGCUGGAAUAUGUUAACUCAACUCUUGUUUCUCACCUAGGUGGAGAAUAGAGAGGAGUGUGUGAGUUUGUGUGCUGCCUCUUCCAUUGUACAAUGCUUGAUUCUUAUGUAAGGGAGGUAGCCUUGCAGCGGCAGCUGAUGCUUCCUCCCAAACAGUAGGGCCGCUCAGAACUCUGGCUCCACUCCCAACCUCCACCUGCCAUUGUAUCUGCAAGUACAUUUGCUGGCUGAAUGGCAAAAGCACUGUGUUGGAACAACUAGGUCAGUGAAGAAGAACCUGCGUCCCUCCAGGUACAGUUGCAGGAGUAGCCAACAUAGUGACCUCUGGGUGUUGUUGGGGAUAGUAGUCCUGCAACAUCUGGAGAGCAUCAGGCUCCCCAUCCAUCAACUGAAUGGAUCAUUCCCAGAAAAUCAGGCUAAGAGUGAUGAUGAUAAUGAUAUGGUGUACAGGGAUUCUGGAAAUAGGGGGAGGUGUUACAGUGCAGGCCAAGAGGGGAGUCUUGUUGGCUAGGCAGCCCAGGACUUCCAUAUACACUGCCCAGGCUUGCGUCAGGGUGUGUGUGUGUGUGGCUUUUGUGCUGCUAAUACAGCAGUUUGGCUUCAUCUCUGGAGUCACACACACUCCAUUGUCUCUCGAGGCAGAUGCAUGCCACCAAUAGUGCAACAGUAACGUGCUGUUCUGUGCCAAACUCAUAUUUGGAAAUAUGAGUAGAGUAUAAUAGCUGUUGAUGACUAAUAAAAGCUCCUCUUGUCAUUAAUUUUCAGUGUCUUUAGUUGUAGAUGAGUUGCCAGCAUGCCGAUUUUGUGUCUCAACCAAGAAACACAUUUUAGAGCCUGUAGUAAAACUUAAAUGGUAAUUAAACUGUGGGUGCUUCCUCUAUCAAAGCAUGUUUAACUUUUAAGCAUCACAAGAUGCUGGUAGCCCAGCUCCUCCAGGCACCUCCUGUCCCUGACCUGUGCUAGCUGGGAAGAACUGUUUAGGAAUUGGUCUCUGAGUUUUGGUUUCGAUUUUCUUCUUUCUUCCCUGUCCCUUUUCAUAUGUGUGUUGGGAUUUCAUUUUGUAUUUAGAUUGCAAGCCUUCAGGUAGGGGCUGCCUUGCUUUGACUGUAUGUAAGGCACUCUUGGGAGCCUUUUUGGCUGAAGAGCAUAUUACAAAUAUUCUAAAUAAAUAAGAGAUAGAUAGAUAGAUAAGAUGCACAGUGUGGGAGCUUCUCUCUCACACAUGUUGGCAUGUAUGCAUUCAGUGCUUGGCUCUUACAGCACAGCCCUAACCACAUUUACACAGAAGUAUGUCCUGUUGAAUUCAGUGGGGUUUAUUCACAGGUAAGUGAGGUUAACAGCCUUUAGGGGUAAGUCCAUUGAAUUAAGUGGAUUUACUCCGGGUAUAACAGUUGAAUUAUCACCCUUUCUCUCUACAUGUAUCCUUUAAUGGCAAAUGCCAUGUAUGUAAUUGUCUGACAAAGUUGCUGGCCACAGGAUCAGAUUUGGCAUAUUUUGUUUAUUUUUUGGUCAUCAGUCAAUGCGACCCUUGUGUCCAGGAUUUCUAUGGCGUUCACCUCACUAUGCAGGAAAAUGUUUUGUAACAAUUUACUGGUAAGAAUAGUCAUACUUGUGCAAUAAUGUGCCUGGACUAAUAAACAGCAACUGUGGUUUUGACUAAGCUGCUCCUGAUCUGCACAUUCAUGGCUUCCUCUUAGAUGGCUGGCCGUGCUUCUUAGGAUGAUGCAAUAUCAACACUGGAAAAUCCAGAACACCAAGGUUUCCCCCCCCCUGCACUCACCAUUUCCUUCAAUCCUUGCUACAUAAUGCAUAUAGUUAAGAGAUUCUCAGGGAUUGCUCCUGUCUUACCUUAUUUGCCUCUUGGCCCUCCUCAGGGUUGACAGGCUGCUUACAGUAUUGUCAAAUAUGGCUAAGAGUGAAGAAUGGGAAUGGCCCCAGUUGAAAUCUUGCUUUAAUCUUGUAAUAAACUUAUUAGGCAGCUUUACGCAAGCCUUUCUCUCUCUCAGCCCAAGUAUCUCCCCAGCUGCAUUAUAUGGGGCAGAAAUGCUUAGCAUAAUAGGUUGCAAGGAGCACUAUGUUAAUGUAGGCAAAGUGCUUUGUGCUCUCAAAACCAUUAGUAGCAUUAAUGAUAGUAUGGCUCUGUAAUAUAAUGGCUAGGUUGGCAUGUAAACUCCUGUGGCCCUGAGGAGCUGAUUGAAAGCAUCCAAGUCUGGGUUUCAACUAACCCCCAUCUGUCAUUGCAUCUCACCUUGCCUCAUGGGUGCACCAGCCCUGGCUGUAAGAGAAGGAACUGAGUGUAUUAAUUUUUGCUCUUGUGAACCCAGGUACUUGUUCUUAAAUUAGGAUACUGCUGCCGAAUACAAUUUCCUGGGAUUCACAAGUGGGGAGAGUGAUGUUGCACUAAUCCUAGUGAUUGGCUACUGUCAGAACAGAGUUCUGGAGUAGAUGAGCCUUUGGCUUCCUUCAUCAGGGGCCUACUCAGGCCCUUGUGCCCUGAUAUGUGUGCCCUUGUUUCCUGUCACACAUGGUGUCAUGAAUACAUGAAAUAUAUGUACUACUGUUUACUCUCUAUGACUGUGUUUAAUUUGAUAGACAUGAUGUUCUUCCUUAUUCAUCUUAGAUUACAGUGGGUGUUGGCUAUUCCUUGUUUUAAUUAUGUUGUUUAGACAGAUGCCGGCGGUGUACCAGGAAACAUACUUGUUUUGUUAGCCGAACUGGAGAACAAACCAUUCUCAUUCUAUGAAAGAUUGUUUUUGUUCUGCAUGUUGUUGCAGCAGAAUCAUUUUUCAGAAGUCUUCCCUUUGUGGUGUGAUUAUAUAAAACAGUAGAGGAACCCUGUCAGAAAUGAAUACUUUGUGUGUUUGUUUUUUACCUAAAACUGUUCAAAAAAAUCACAGUUUAAAAAUGUUUUCUGUGCAAGGUUUUUUCAUCAUUAUCAUUAAUAAAUAAUAAUAGGUAACAAAAUACAUCCAAACAGAGCAUAAUACCUGUCAGCUGCAUAUUAAGAAUAUCACUGGGAGAUAUACUUACGAUAUCUAAAUAGACAUGUGACUAAGAUAGCAAUGAGGAUUAAACUAGCAAAUGUUUUGGUAUUAAAUCUUUCCAGAAAGACAUCUGGGAUUCUGGUGGCAUUAAAUUGUCACCUUGCUUAACAACAAGUGUCAUAAAAGGCCCCCAUGGCCUUUUGUAAAACUUUUUAAAACAGUUGGCCAAAGUGUAUAUUUAGCAGUUUGUGAAGAUUUCUUUAUGUUUUUGAGAGGAUUUACUGUUUAUAUAAGACCCUUUCUAAGUAGUGUAAUUUAGGGGUGGGUAGACUUCAGGCUGUAUGGACCUACUUUGAUUUUUCCUAUAGCUUUGAGAGUCACCAACCAGAGCCAGAUGCAAAAUGUUUGCAUAGGGAGCCUCGGUACGUUUAGAAAGAAGGCAUUUAUUUUUAGGACUAGAAAUGAUCUCACAGUCCUUUCACCUAAACCUGCUCCUGCACCAGCUAAACAUUACAGCAUACCGAUAUAUCACGAUGUCUGAAAUAAGGACGGUUGGCUUCACGGUUUUUCCUGUGUUGUGAUUUUUGCAUAGCGUGCACAUACGCAUACAUACAUCAUGAUUUGUGAUACAUUGCCAGGUCAAAAAUUAUGAAACUGAUAUAAUGAUAUGGGCCUCAAACCAGUUUUUGCCGAUAUAUUGAUCUAUCACUCAGCCGUACCAGGAGCUAAGCCAUAGUUUGGCUCAAGCAUUACAUCUGAACCUGGGCCCAUGAUUUCUUUUGCUUCAGACAAACCAGGAACGGUAAGUCAAGAACAAACCUUGAAGAUCCAAGAAAAAACAAGCAAAGCUUUGCAAGUAAACAUCUGAUGCUCUUGCAAAUGUCAAUUUAACCAGUCAAUUCAGCAUGAAAUCUAAACAGCUGAACUCCUUGCAAACCAAAGUUAAGGGUAACAAAGCUUGAAAAAUUGGCUCCAUAAUUAGUGGGAGGCUGUGAUGAAGUUGUUCAGUGCACUUUCAGAAGAAGAAGAAAAGACCAAAUGCAUUAUGGGCUAUGUGCUGCAAAUCAGAGGCUGUGAGUCACAAUUGCUCACUUCCGAACAUUUUCUAGUACCAGUGACAACCAGGAAACAUUAAUGAUGAACCUGAAAUGCACUAGGGAUAGCAGUACUUUACACCACAGUAAUUAUAUGGGUUAUUAUCUCACAUAUUACAUGGCUCACACAACCUGUUAAGUGAGUGAAUAAGCCCAUGACCAUAAUUGUGUGAUUUUUGCCCUAAGGCUUGACAACCAGUACCUAUUAGUAUCUAUAUCCUCAGCUGGGGAUUGAAGACUCAAAAGCUUGUGCCAGGAUUUGAGUCCACAGUGACCCUUGAACUAGUCACCCAAGAGCACUGGUGAAGCUUUGGAACUGGAAAACAUUUCAGAUCUGUUUUCCUGUUGUGUGAUUUCUUAAAACUGAAGGAGGCUGCCAUGUUAAUUUUUACACGCUCUACGAAUGCAUAGAAAGUUGAGCUGAAAUAUCUCCUUAAUGGCUAUUCUCAGAUGCAGUUCUGUAAAUAAAUGAUGGCAGGAUGCUUCUGAAUACUAGCUGCUGAGAGUCACUGGUGGGAAGAGCACUGUGGCCCUUAGGUCCUUCUUGUGGGCUUCCCAAAGACAUCUGGUUGGCCAAUGUGAGACCAGAGUACUGGACUAGAUGGGCCUUUUGCCUGAUCCAGCAGGACUCCAUCUAUAGUCUUAUGUUAAUUUAUGCAAAGUACUAACUGCUUUCUUUUCCUUCUUUCCCCAGCUACCUUUUGAAUUGGAGGUCUAUUACAUUCAGCAUGUCAUGCUGUACAUUGUUCCCAUCUAUCUACUGAAUAAAAGAGGUAUGUAGUGUGUGUGUGUGUGUGUGUGUGUGUGUGUGUGUGUAAGUGUGUAAGGCUUAUUCGGAGAUUUUUUUAAAGCCCCCUACUUUGCAUUUAAAUUGUUCACAUUUUGUAUACAUAUUUUAUAUGCCUUCGUCCCCUAAGUUUGGAGAGGUGCACAAUCCAAUUGGAGCACAUCUAUCAAUCUGUAUAGAAGUUGAGGCUUCCAAAUGAGGGCUUUCCCCACCUCCAUCCCUAGAUACAUUUAUUCCAUGUUAUACUUGGGAAGCAGAACAUGAAAUCAGUGAGGCUAAAAGCCUGCUGGAACAGAAAAAAAAAAUUAAUUUGGGAGCCUAGGGAGUUCGUAGGAAGGGGACAAACCAUAUAAAGCCUCACAUUUCUUCAUGGUCACUCUGAUUUUUUGAGCAAAGAUCAAAGUGUGUGACACUCCCAUCUGAAGACUGCUGCCUUGCAUUACGAUAGAGGUACCUCUUCCUGGUUUACAGAUAUUUGCUGCCCUCUAGUGCUGGCCCGAGAGAGUUUAACCAGCUUGCCUUCUAAAAUCCUGGUUGCCUUGGAGAUAUACACAAAGUUGUAGAGGGAGGCCAACUUUGCAUUACAAAAGCCCAUUGAAGGAUCUAGGCUGGUGAGCAGUACCUUGACAACAUGAGAUCCAGGAGCUGUUGCCAGCAUCUGUUCCACCUACAUGGGUUCUAGGAGUGUGGCGAGUGCCAGACCUUGUAGGACGGUUGCUUAGAAAGUGUGAAUUCCUGAUUAGCGUACUGGAAAGCAGUCAGAACGGCAAGAAAGGGAGAAUAUUCUCUAGUACAAUUCACAGCAACUUAGUGUUUAUUUUUCACCAUUUCUUCUAUGCACUUUCUCAACUUCGUUUAUAUAUAUAUUGGCUAAAAGAUUCCAUAACCUUCUCAUCCCACCCAGCCCUACCACAACCCAGCAGAUCUUUGUUCUAGCCCUUUGAGCCACUCUGCCUAGCCCUUUGGACUCACCUGAGCAGCACCUGGCUCCUGACCCUGCCUCUUACUCUCAUUGACUCCUUUUGCUUGGCUGCAGUAUGUUCUCGGACUUUGAUAAUGCCCCUUGGUUGCCUGGAUUAGAUAGAUGAUAGAUAGAUGAUAGAUAGAUAGAUAGAUAGAUAGAUAAUUUAUUUUGGUCAAAGACCAGCUCACAUCGGUUGCCUGGAUUAAGGAAUAUGUGUGUAAGAUUGCCUGCUGUCCGGAGGUAAAUUUUGCAUCUGUAGCUUUUCUCUCUGGCCUUGGCCACCACUGCCAUGUGGCCCUUGGAAUGCUGGCCUGGAGGGAAUAUGCAUUCUCAAAUGUGCUCUAGAUACACUUUUGAUCAGAGAAAUGUUCAAAAGGUGUCAUUACUCAGUGGUGCAAUCCCUGGCAUCUCCUGAUAGAGCUGGGAGUGUCCUCUGCCUGAAACCCUUGAGAGCCUCUGCCAGUCAGUGCAGCUGGUGCUGAGCUAGAUAGACCAAUGGUUGCCUUUGUAUAAGGAAGCUUCCUAUGGUCCUAUUCAUGCCAGAACAUUUGGGAGGUGUAGAUGCUAGUGGAUAACUGCAUUGAUAUUGGUGUAGUAGAACAUGUGGAUGAUGCAAGUUUGUAUUGGAAUUUGCAAAGUUUAAAUUCCUCAGGCAUCCCAGAAUCUUACGCUCUCUCACGCACAUUCUCUCUCCCUCCCUCCCUCCCUCCCUCCCUCCCUCCCUCCCUCCCACCCCUCCCUAUCCUGAUACCAAAAUGACAAUUGCUGCACAUUUUGCAUCCCUUUUUGACUUUAAAAGCAAGCUGCACAAGGGAGUCAUGUGGUGCUGCAAUUGCUUGGCUCUGUCUCUCUUAACACAAGGUGUUGCAUGUGUGAAUGAUCCCUGGGGUUCUGUCUUGGCUUUCUUCCUGCUAGCUCUGUAUACAUAGGGAGGUGGUGGUUGGGGGGUUUUUUUGGGUGUGUGUGUGUGUGUGUGUGUGUGUGUGUGUGUGCACCAAAACAUCCAAUCCUUCACUUGCAGGCUAAAGUGCUACAGCCCAACAAUGAUUUCACCACUCAUUGCUGCUGAUUACAUAGCUUGCUGCUCAGCCUUAGGACAUUUUCACAUGUGAGAUUUAAAUUGCGUCUUCUGAUAUGUGCUGUUGCAGGAAAGCAGCGGUGCAAAUGAGCACUGAGGCUAUCUUACAAUUGCAUCACAACCUGUCUCACACAAGAGUUCCUGCAUGCCUCUGGUUGCGAGCACUGAACAUUUAAAGCGCAUCACUCCUCCCAAAGAAUUCUGGGAGCAAUCGUUUACCCUCUACAGGUCUGCAAUUCUCAGCAUCCAAGACAAACUACAGUUCCCAGGAUUGUUGGAGGAAAGUCAUGUGCUUUUCAUGUGUAGCUUGAUUCCAGUCUCUGUCUAGGAAAGUUCCCUUUAAGUUCAAACCUUGUGUGUGUGGCCUGCAUCACCCAGCAGGAGGAGCCAGAGCUCUCUCUUCUGUCGAAGAGGAUGUGGUUGCUCCUUUUGGUGCCUUUUUUCAGCAUAAUACCACCAUUCGUUUAGAGUACCAUUUACAGAUACUGAAGCCCAUGAGUGCAAGAGUAGCAAGAGGGCUGGUGCAACCUCCCCCUCCCCACAGUAGCAUCACACAUUAUGUGUAUGUACAGGUAACUCACAACUUAUGCACAUUAAACUCGUGCACGUUCAGCUUUACGCACUUAGCAAAACAAUUUUUAAAAAUUAGAAAGAGGGCAGAAUGCGGACAGGUGUCCGGGGAAAAAAAUACUUCGGCAAUUCCACCCACCAUUGCAUUCAGUGUGUUUUGACUAAACACAGUUUUGGCUUUACACACUAUCCCUGGAACAUAACCUCAGUGUGAGUUGAGAGCCAUGUGCAUAACAUAUACAGUGGUACCUCGGGUUAAGAACUUAAUUUGUUCUGGAGGUCCGUUCUUAACCUGAAACCGUUCUUAACCUGAAGCACCACUUUAGCUAAUGGGGCCUCCUGCUGCUGCCGCGCCGCCUGAGCACAAUUUCUGUUCUUAUCCUGAAGCAAAGUUCUUAACCCGAGGUAAUAUUUCUGGGUUAGCGGAGUCUGUAACCUGAAGCGUAUGUAACCUGAAGCGUAUGUAACCCGAGGUACCACUGUAAAGGCUUGUUGUAGGUGCUAGAAUUUAAUUAAGGAUUGAGUGUUAUCAGACCCCCAAGUGUUAGAAAGUCAUCAAUAGCAGUGUGUAUUAAGAUGUGUGUUAGAAGCUUUUAACCCAGGGGUCAGCAGCCUUUUUCAGCCGUGGACCAGUCCACUGUCCCUUAGACCAUGUGGUGGGCUGGACUAUAUUUUGAAAAAAUAUAUGAAUGAAUUCCUAUGCCCCACAAAUAACCCAGAGAUGCAUUUUAAAUAAAAGCACACAUUCUGUUCAUGUAAAAACACGCUAAUUCCCGGACUGUCCACGGGCUGGAUUGAGAAGGCAAUUGGGCCGCAUCCGGCCCCCGGGCCUUAGGUUACCUAACCCUGUUUUAACUCUUUGGAAUUAGCCUGAGUGAAAAACUAAGGCAAACUGCCUGAAUCGUGUAUUAGACACUUCUCCACCCCCUUGCUUGCUUAUUUAUUUAUUUAUUUUCUAAAUGCAUUCUUAUAUUUCAUACAUAUAUUUACGUUAGAGACUUCUAACGUGAUUUCUAAGGAAAUCAACAUGUUUUAAGAGUUAAUUAAGUCAAUUAAUUUCCCUUUCAGGUGUUAGCUUAGGCUAAUGAUCCAUUAGCAAGCCAAAGGAUGAAAGGACAUACACCAUUUGCAAAUCAGUGGAUUUUAUUGGUCCCUCAACUGAGGAUUUAGUUUAAAAAGACAAUGCCAGUGUUUUAAGGAAAGGUUUUGUUUAGAAAGGCAGUUAGGAGUUAAGCAACAGUGUUGGGAAGUAGUGGGCUGGGGAGAAAGCAAUGUUUGAAAACAGUGGUUGGGGGCUGCUUAAGUCUAAAGGGCUACUGUGGCUAUAGAAGAAGCUUCUUGGGGUAUGUAUGCUGUGGACCUCUCCGUUGUAUGCUCAGGUUGUAUGUAUGUGUAAAUAAUUCAUAUACCAUAAAGACACCACAGUCUCUGCAGUGCCUCAUUUUUCCAAAAUGAAAUGCAGUCCCUUGACAAGCGCCUGAAAUCUUGCAGGGCUGUGGAGAUUUGGUGGUGGUGUGUAGCAUUAUUUCUUAACCACCCUUCAGCACAGUUAGACUAAGUUGUGUUUGUUUGUGGCUAUGAACUUAUGGUGACUGCGUAGAGCAAGUUGAUUUUUCUUUUGUCUUGUUAUUCAUUAUUCUGUGUAUAAAUAUGGAAUUCAUACUCUUUUAUUUCCUAAUGUCUAGAUAAUACUUUAUUUAGCUAUUUCCUAUGUUUUAUGAUGCAGAAUCUCCCUUUGCAUUUUUGUGACUGAUUUUUAUGUAUAACGUUUAUUCUGACACUGAGGAAGAAGCUGUGUUUAGUUAAUUGUGUUUUGGAGAAUGUGUAUAGGGGGUUGUUGGUAUUUUUGGCAUUCAUCUUUUAUUUAAGAUGUGUUAACCUACUGGUACAUUGUAGGACGCGGGUGGCACUGUGGUUUAAACCACUGUGCCACUUGAACUUGCCUAUCAAAAGGUUGGCGGUUCGAAUCUCCACGACGGGGUGAGCUCCUAUUCUUUGGUCCCAGCUCCUGCCUACCUAGCAGUUUGAAAGUACUCAGUGCAAGCAGAUAAAUAGGUACCGCUCCGGCAGGAAGGUAAAUGGCGUUUCCGUGCGCUGCUCUGGUUUUGCCAGAAGCGGCUUAGUCAUGCUGGCCACAUGAUCCAGAAAAACUGUCUGCGGAAGCGGACAGAUGCCGGCUCCCUCGGCCUGUAAAGCAAGAUGAGCGCUGCAACCCCAGAGUCGUUUGCGACUGGACUUAAUUAACUGUCAGGGGUCCCUUUACCUUUUUAACCUACAUUGUAAAAUACUUAGGUUUGUUUGUUUGUUUGUUUCCUUAUGUGCUCUUUUACCAUAAAAAUCUCACAAUGGGCUGCAACAAUAAAAUAUACAAUACUAAAACAGGGAUAGUUUAAAAAUAAUUAAAAGCAGUUUCAUAAAACAAUACAAUUUUUUUUCCCUUAAAGAAGAAAUACAUGUACAAAAACGGUUAAUAUUUCCAGUAAUUGUUGUCAGGGUGGGUUACCACAAUAUGACGUACAGUUAAAACAAAUAAAUCAUUACAGUCAAAACAGAACUCACUAUUCUGCCUGUCUAGCUCUGGACACCACAAUUUAAAUGGGAUAUUGAGAAGCCGGAAUGUGUGCAGAUAAGAGCAGCCAAAUUGAUCAGGGUUCUGGAAACCAAGGCCUAUGACAGGCAUAGGCAAACCCGGCCUUCCAGAUGUUUUGGGACUACAACUCCCAUCAUCCCUAGCUUAACAGGACCAGUGGUCAGGGAUGAUGGGAAUUGUAGUCCCAAAACAUCCGGAGGGCCGAGUUUGCCUAUGCCUGGCUUAUGAGGAAUGGUUGAAGGAGCUGGGUAUGUUUAGCCUGGAUAAGAGGAGAGUGAGAGGAGAUAUGAUGGCUAUCUUCAAAUAUCUGAAGGGCUGCCACAUGGAAGAUCGAGCAAACUUGUUUUCUCCUGCUCCAGAAGGUAGGACUUGAAACAAUGGAUUCAGAUUACAAGAAAGAAGAUUCUGACUAAACAUCAGGAAUACCUUUCAGAUUAGAAAAGCUAUUUGACUGUUAAAUGGACAACUUUGGAAGGUGGUGGACUCUCCUUCAUAGGAGUUUUUUAAGCAGAGGUUGUAUGGCCUUCUGUCUGAGUUGAGAUACCUGCACUGCAGGGGGUGGGAAUCAGUGACCAUUGGGGCCCCUUUUUACACUACAGUUCUGUGAGUCUUGAUUCAGCGAAAGAGGUGUGCAGGGAGACCUCUCAACUGCAGCUUCGUAGUAAUGAUAAGGUGCGUGCUGUAUUCUUGGACAAAAUCUGUUUACUAAACUGGUGUGGUGGGACGCGGGUGGCGCUGUGGAUUAAACCACAGAGCCUAGGACUUGCCGAUCAGAAGGUCGGUGGUUUGAAUCCCCACGACGGGGUGAGCUCCCGCUGCUCAGUCCCUGCUCCUGCCCAGAAGAGGCUUAGUCAUGCUGGCCACAUGACCUGGAAGCUGUACGCUGGCUCCCUCGGCCAAUAAAGCGAGAUAAGCGCCGCAACCCCAGAGUCGGUCACGACUGGACCUAAUGGUCAGGGGGCACCUUUACCUUUACCUGUUGGCCUGGGUUGGGUCAUCUCAUGUUAUCUCUCUUCUGAUGCAAGUGACAUUUUAAAAAGUCAGUCUGGGAUGAAGCUUCCAAUGUUGCAUGUUGCUUUUGCUCACACCUAGAAAUGUGAAGGAAUAAACUGGCUUCCUAAUGGUCUCCUAAGCUCUGGAAGCAGCUGAACAGUGUUGAGGCAUCCGUGUUGGGAGAAAUAUACAGGGAAUUCAUGGCAGUGAUAUGCUUUAUUUAUUUAGCACAAAACUUGAAAUAAAUUUGGAUUUUGCCCCUUAGAAGAUUCCAGGCAUCCAAAUGUGCGGUUUUGCUUGUUUUGCAUAACAUGGCUCCUUCUGUUUCUGUAUUUCAGUUGUUCAAAGAACACAGCAGUGGUGGUGAAGCAGUUUGAGGAAGGGGGAGAAGGACUAGGUUGGAGGAAAUUAAACUUAAUGAGAGGCCAGGAGGAUCAGCCAGGAAGCAGGGAAAUUGCUUUUGAAGACUGAUGAAAAAUGGUCUAUAUGUGCAAUCAAUCAAUGAAAAGAGAGAGAGCAAAACUAACCUAAUUUUAGUUGUCUUCCUCUCCCACCCUCUGCUUUUAUCACCAGUAUUUCCAUACACGACCUUGCUAAUGGAGCCGCAAACAAUAAGUUUCAGCCCUAUCCAGAGAGAGAAUUUCAUUAAGGAGAUAAGCAACCAUAAACUGAAGAUGAAAGGCUAGAAGGGAGUGAGUUGCAUUUGAAAGCCUUCCAAUGUUUUGCUUCCUUCUCCAGCUGGCUGAAACAUGCACCAUUUGUUCGGAACUAUUCUGAGCAUGCUGUGGAUUUUUAUUUUUAUUUUAAGUAGGGAUAUACCUGUGCUGGAAAUCCAGGAGCAAGUCAGGAGCCUCUGGGGCAGUUUCUACUAGGCGCAGGCUAUUUGUUAGUGGGUAUUUGUGGGUCUGAACUACCGCAUUUUUCGCUCUAUGGGACGCACCUGACCAUAGGAUGCACCUAGAUUUAGAGGGGGAGAACAAGAAAAAAAAAAUCUCUCCCUCUCUGCUCAGCGCCCCUUCAGCGAAGCAGCAGGAGAAACGGAGCCCCUUCCAUUUCUUCUCCCGCUCCGCUGAAGGGGCGCUGCGCAGAGAGGGAAAGCUGUGCAGCGCCUCUCCAGCGAAGCGAAGCCAGGAGAGCACUGAUCCCUCUCACUCUCCUGGCUUCAGGCGGCUAUCCCUGAAGCCAGGAGAGUCUUGCUGUCCUGGCUUCAGCGAAAGCAAUGUGGAGCCUCCGGAGUGCAGCGGGAGUUCUCGCUGCCCUCUGGAGGCUUCAUGCGGCUAUCCCUGAAGCCAUGGAGCCUGCAUUCGCUCCAUAAGACGCACACACAUUUCCCCUUAAUUUUUGGAGGGGAAAAAGUGCAUCUUAUAGAGUGAAAAAUACGGUAUAUACCAAUAAAAUGCCCUAGUAGAUAAGGCCGAAGGUUCAUAUCAUCCUGCUUCCACAUAAAAAGCAGUUCAGGCAUGGGUAUCCAUCCAGCAUCUUGUGCACUAAAAGCAGACACAUUUCAGAAAAGCUGAAAUAAAUUUUCUGUCUCCCUGUUCUCUUCUAGCACUGCGACCGGUGAGGUUUGCGUUUCAAGAUAACUUGUGUGUUUCAGAAACCCUUGUGUAAGGGGUCUGUUUUAGCUGCUUGAAUAACACCCCUCCCAUCAGUGAAGGCUGCCUUCAGUACAGAAUUCAUAGAAGCAUAGAAUUGAAAGGUUGGAAGGGGCCCAAAUGGUCAUCUAGUCCAAUCCAGGGGCCCAAAUGGUCAUCCAGUCCAAUGCAGGAAUCAAUGCUAAAUAACCCCUGACAGAUGACCACCCAACCUCUGCUUAAAAAUCUCCAGUGAAGGAGAGUCCACCACCUUCUAAGGUGGUCUUCUCCACUGCCAAACAGCUCUUAGCCGUUAGAAAGUUCUUCCUAUAUAUUGAAAGUUCUCCCUACGUUAAUUGGCUUUGCCAUUAUUGUAAUAGUGUCUUCAAGAGAAGCACUGCCCUUUGUUUUAUAGGCAACCAUUUAUUUACAUGGGGGGUGGGUGGGAAGAAAGAAGUGCAUUCAAAGGCCACAUUGAUCAGCCUCCCCCCUCCCCAGUAAAGCUUUCCUCUCAUUGUCUGUCUCUGCUGAAGAAGCAUGUGCUCACUCCUGGGAUUUCUAAGGAUUCUCCACGGAGUCUGGCACUCUGCUUUCCAAAAUCCGCCCCCCCCCCCCGAAGCUUGUGCUGACCUUUAGCCACCCACUGGCUAAGAAAGCUUAUAAGCUGCUUUGUGCCUGAAAGCUGUUUCCUUCCCUGGAAGCGCACGUAACCGCCUCUCCUGGGAAGUCAAGGUGCUCAGUGACGAAUGCCAAGGUUGUGUAAAUGGCAUUGACUCCUACAAUAUUCAGGCAGCUUUGCCUAAUUGGCAGGGCUGUGCUGAGCACUGGAUUCAGCUACAGCCCAAAUCACUUGAGCCUAAUCAGGCCUUUUUGAAGGGAUCUGUGCCUUGUUUGAGUUGGGUUGAAGCACCCCCAGAUAGUGAUACAGAUACAUGGUAGUGACCGGUUGGGUUGAGAUUCCCAGAGCCAUCUGGGGCUCUCAGAGGCAGGAUGUCGGGCAAGAAAGAGACGCAGACGUGAGCGAUAAGCCUGAGGAAACUGAAAUGGAAAGAACUACUGGCCAGCUGCAUCUUCACAGGAUGAAGUGUGUAUGUGGGGGAGAGAGAUGCCUUUCCCACCAAGCCUCUCCUCCUUUCCGCCGCUGCAAGACAUCUUUUCCUUCCUGAUCCUGCCACCUGCACAGGAUCUGAUCCUCCCAUUUAGCAGCUUCUGCUCCUUUGCAAGUGGCUUCCCUUCCAUGUGUGGGAGCAUCAGUGUGCAGAAUCAGAUUGUCUUGUUUACUGUGUGGUAAACAAAAAAAAGUUCUCCAUGUUUUUGCAGGUGGUGAUAGUAGAAAUCUGUUGUACACAGCAAGAGUGGACUAGAAGCUGAAGGUUAGGAGAAGCAGGUUUGGAGAAUACUUUGGCAGCAACUACACAUUUGAUGCUACUGUAUUCUCCAAACUCAGAAUCCUACGUCUGAGGCAGUAGUGGAAGCAGAAGCCUUCUUUUGCUGGUUACAUCCUCAGAAUGUCUGGUUUGAAAGGCUCCAGGAUCUGUAAUCAUGUGUGUGUUGUUCAGAUGCCUUUGGAAACAUACACGACAUAAAAUUGUGACUUUGUUCAUAAGUUAAGGUUUUCAACUGAGGUAUCCCCCGUCUUUUGGAGGUAAGGUGCAGACCCUAAUGGUUGCAGACCCAGAAAUGGUGCUCCACAGUUUAUAAUCUUGGUGUGAAAAUUAGUGCCUUAUUAAAGAGGCACUAGGUACUUGGGAACUGUAGCAAUCAAUGAAACAUUGACUUUUCCUUUCUCUCCAUCUCUCUGUUUCUAAUAGGUGUCUACACUCCUGAGCCAUCUUGGAAUUUCUGGUGGGCUUUAUUAUCCACUGGACUGAUGUUUAUCUACCACUUUAGCGUUUUACAGAUUCUGGGACUGGUGAGUGAACAUUAAUGUUUGCUAUAUAUGCCUGCCAGUAGUUGAAAGCGCAAUUACUGUCUGUAUGUGCUUAAUGCUACUGUGACUUACCUAGGCAAUGUUGCUUUGUGCACAGGUGCUUCCGAGUCACACCUCUCUUUGCAGAAGCUGUAUCUGGCCAACUGCUGUUGCCCAGCCUGUUAACAGCGCCAUGGGAGGUUCUGAUUCAGGGAGUGACCGGCUUGCUGCUUCUGGGUUGCUAAGGGAGUUGGGUAAACAAAUUGGUUGCUGUGAAGGUUGUUGAACCAUCCUUUUCUCCCCCUUCUCCUAGGCCACACAAGUGAAUUUGAACAAUAUGCUGUGCCCUGCCAUCUCGGAUCCUUUCUAUGGCCCUUGGUAUAGACUCUGGGCCUCCGGCCACCAGACGAUCAUGACUUUGAUUCAUGGGAAACUCAUAAUUGGCAUCUACUACAGUGCUGUACCUGUCUUUAGGUUCUGUGUGGAUUUGCUUCGACUCCCAGCUAAGAAAAUCUACUGAAGCUUCUUCCUGGAAGGAAGUGUUUUUUUUAUAGGAAGCAUAAAAGGACUGGUGGUUGUGCUGCAGAAAAAGGGGAAGAGGAAAAAGCACCGUGGAUUAAUGGUUCCUUUUGUUACAAAAUAAGGUGUUCCCUCCCAUUCCCAACUGACUACUGAUUUUUCACUGCCCAUAGCCAAUGGCAAAACUUGUGGCCUUAUCCACUGAGAGGGUGACAUUCAUUCCCAGCAGUUUCUAUCCUUUAGAAAACAGAAUAUUGCUACUUUGGAUUGAAGUGUUCCAGGGUCUCCCAAAUAUUGAUAUAUGGUGUCCUUGCUGCAUCCACUAGUUCUUAGUAGAUAAUCACACAGGGUGGUGAUUAGGGCUGGGCAAUGUAUUGAUACAUAGUUUGCAGACCACAUUAUUUCAGAAUAAUUGAGCUGGCAAUGUAUUGCAAAGCACAGACUUCACAACUCCAGAGGGCAGUAUAAUUGAGAGCCCUCUGGCAGCUGGGUGCCUGCCUUCCCUUUCCCCUCCAAUGGCUGAACACUCCACUCCCAGCCUCAGCACCUCCCCAUAACUGUAAUUGCAGUGUCUCUACACUGCAGAAAUCGUGGGUGGGCUGCUUCUUCCUUCUCCCUUUGUCUAAGGAGGAGUGGAAGGAAUUUGCACACCAAACGUGAGGGCUUGCCUGCCUCCGAUAGGAGGAAUUUACAGUGCGCAUAGCACACUGCUCCUUCACCUGAUCUCCCUCGUGGCUGCUCCUUCGACUGAUCUUCACUCUCCCCAAACCUCCAUGUUUCGGACAUAGAUUGGAAUGUUGAAAACCAGAUAUCUACCAGUCCUAGUGGUGGUUCUUAAAUUUACCAGUAAAAUGCAGUUUAUCUUGUUCUGUGGACACUGAGCAUCUUGUAGUAUCCUAUUUCUGCCAAUUUCACUUGAUUCACUUAUCAUUAAUUGAUCACGGUGUUUGGCAUCCCCUGAUCUUCAAUACAAAUUAGCAAGGUUCUGUUCUGUUUACGCUGGUUGAAACCAUGGGGAACAAUUAACAGCCCAAUAAAAGAAACAAGAAAUAAAGACUUUCCAAGCUACAGUGGAUUUCUGUCCCAGUGUGCUCAAAUCCAACCAUAUUGUAUUUGGUUCCAGCUCAUAGGUUGGUUUUCUAUACCGAUAAGUGAAAAAACACGAAGAAGGGGGAAGUAUGUAAUAAAUUUAGGGAAUGAAUUAUGCUCUUGAUGCAAGCAGUGCCUGUGUAGGAAUAAUUGUUCUACAAAGAGACACCGUCAGUUUGGGUUGGUUAGAAUUUUACCCUUCUGCAAACUGAAUCAUACAGUAUUUAAAAUUAAUGAUGGUGUUUACUUAAACACACCUGAUGGCGUUUAUGUUUAGCCUCACUUAACCACACCCAUGAAGAACUAGUUGGUUUGCCUGAGCAGAAGUGCAGAAAUUUUUUAGGAAGCAGGUGAUUGCUGGUGAGAAGUAGAAUGGAUUUGUGUUACCUUUUCAGUGUUAGCCCAGAUUUGAAGAGAAAGGUGAAGAAUGCUCCUCUGUAACCUUCUGAAGAACUAUUCUGCUUAAUGGUCACACAGUGUCCUGUAGUGACAAUGUUUUAAGCAUUCUCUUUCUCUCUCACCUCCCCAUUCUUCUGGUUGCAUUGCCUUAGUUGUGGAAUGCAAGAUACGACAACUGCCAUAUUUCCUCCAGGUAUAUUUCUCCAACGGGAUGCGUUCUGCAGUCACUGAUACCUCAAGGAGAGAGAAGUUGCCUUAACGGUCAACAUUGCAGCUCAUUUCAUUCAACCAAGGGAAGAUGGUGGGAUGGAGAUUCGUAGAGCUGUGGAACUGCAAAAGACACGACUGAGUAUUUUACUUCAGUUGACCAAAACUUGAAUAUUUAACUGCAAUUUGGCAUACAAAGAAGAGUAUCCUGGACUUUUGUCUUUGUAAACCUUUUUGUUUUGGGAAUCUUUGUAGUGUGUGAGGAAUUUUGUACAUGUUAUACUGUGAAUACUCUUUACUACCAUGAGUUUUAUCAGAAAUGCUCAUUGAUGAGUUCCUGUUUCACAGCCCUGCUUUUCAUAUGCCUAUUUUCUGCUUCUGGCAGAGCAUUGAAGGAGGGAGUCUUGCAUAAUAUUCAGUAAUCCUGUCCAGGGUUGCUCUUUGCAGUUGCUGUGGUGAAUCUUAAUGUCUAGGUUGUUUACUCUCCCAAAGUGGCAUAUUUAAACAAAGGCAUAAGACAGUGAAAUUCCUAGCAUAGCUGUAAUCCUUUAUCGUAGACAAGUAGACGGUAAUGUAGGAUUCAGCAGUAUAAAAUCUUAGGAGUACAAAACCUUGAAAAUUGUAAGCAAUUGUGCCUGAACUUUCUAUCUGUUAGAAUUACUUUGAGUAGGUUUCUUUCUUUGAUCGCAGUGAAGCCACCUAGCCCUUGGUGAUGACCCUUUUUGUACUUGUUUCCAGUUCCAUCAGUCCCUCCCUGGAGCAGAAAUAGUAGAUGUUGUUUUUUAGGUUUUGAGUGAAACUUCUGAAUUGACUGAGAGUGGCCAAAUCUUUCAACCCUGUGCCAUGUUGCUCAUCCACAAGUGGCCUAAUCCUUCUGCCUUACCUUUUCCCAGCCCCUUUCAACAAACAUGUUGGUGCUUCUUGAUCACCUUAGUCCAUGCUUCAGAUUCUCCCUGGAAGUUACUCGCCACUCUUAAAAAGUGCCAUGUUUUCUCCCAUUGCCCUCUUUCAAGUGUUCCACCUAGUUUUGCUUUCAGAGGAGAUAGCUGAGCAACUUCAAACUUGUCACUAAGGCUGACACGCCUCCUCUUCUGAGGUAAGCAAAACUGCAUUAAUGAUCAGUUUGACUGGGUUACACACACACACACACACACACACACACACACACACACUACUAGUUUCAGUGACAGCAUAACUGGUCUGGAUAAUCACCUGCCUGUUACUUAUGCCACAUACUUUCGUGACUGAUGAAUGGGAGGCUGCCUGCAUCAGUGUGUGGGGCACUUCAUGCAAGUAUGCCCUUCAGGGCUCUGGUGUGUGGCACUGUGGCAUAUUCCAGUCUGUAGUUGUGAAUGUUGGUGAGUUGGGCUGCAUUCUUGAAAUAAAAGGACUGCUGGUCAGUAUAGAACAAAAGUGUGUUUGGCUUCAUUCCAGACAAAGAGCUGCCAAGUCUGCUCUUUGUAGUUGCAGAAGUUGGCCACCUCAUUCAGUAAAGGGACCUUCACCUAAUAGAACUUAGUCAGUAUUCUACAACUUGGGUUUUCCUGAGUUUUACCUCCUGAAGCCAAAAAGACCCUUCUUAUAAACUUUUUUUGGGUGGGUGUUUCGGUUAAGUGACAGGACAAUCCUCUUCCCUGUUAAGAACUUCCAAAACCUGAUUGGUUCUAAGAUAGAAGCCUGAAAUUUCUAAUAACUAGUCCAGAGUUGUGCACUUAUCUCUGUACCAUUGGGGAAGAUUCUACAGCAGGGGUGAGGAAACUGUGGCCCUCCAGAUGUUGCUGGACUACAACUUCCACAGUGCCUGCUCAUGCCCAUGCUGGUUGGGAUUGAUGGAAGUGGGAGCCCAAUAACAUCUGGAGGGCCAUAGCUUCUGCAUCCCUGCUCUUCACCACUACCAUAGGUAAAGCCUGACCUACUUAAGAAUUGCAUCCUUUGCCAAGAGGGGCUUUUCAUUUCUGACAGGACAAUUUGUAACUGGUCACAGCUGGGGAAAAUUUCCACAUGGAUAGAUGUGUUUGUCCAGUGCUUGAUUCCAGGUGAGUUGGGCCCCCUACCUACUUUGCCUUUAUAUGCUGUCCUGUUCAUUGAAGGUGGAUGUGUAAAUUGUCUUAAGGAGCCAGAGGCUGGAAUUUGUAAGUUUCAUUACAGGCCUCAUACCUCCCCCACCCCUAACUAAAGGACUGUCUUCAUUGCUUCUUUAGCUAGUUUUCAAGGCAUAGCGUUGCAAAGCAAAGUGUAGCUUUUGUUAGGAUAUGGUGCUUGGAAUAAGUGGGGUGCCAAUGUCUAUUGCACCUUAGCAGUGCUUUUUUAAAAAAAAUAAAGGUGCUGGCACUAUGAAGUUGUUAACAGUAAGUGCCACACUUUUAACAUUUUUUUGGGGGGAGGUGCCAGUACUGAGUGCCCUUGAGGACCCCUAGAAAAAAGCACUGCACCUUAGAAUGCCUGUGUUGCUGUGCAUUGUGGAUUUUUACUCCUCCACUUAGAUUAUAUGGCGGGAUCAGCAUGGACUUGGGUUGCAAUGCUUUCGUGUUUGGAGCUUCUUGUAUAAUCUUUCUGGCUGUAGAACUCCCUAGGGCUGCAGGGUAGCCUUCUGUUCAGCAGAAGCUGUCCUUUUGGAAAGCCAGAGAUGGAAGGCCUGGGAAGGGUGGCUGUGAUGUGCACUUUAACAUUAGAGAUCAGCCUUACCCAACCUGGUGCCCACCAGAUGGUUCGAACAACUCCCAUCUGCAGGGCACCUGGUUGAGGAAGACAAUUUUUAGAGUACCUCAGUGUAGCUGUGACUAUCUUCUUCUGUGGCCUAUAUCAGAAUUUUGAUAUUUUUCUGUAUUGCUAAUUCAGUGUUUUGUAAAGGCCGUAUUCAUUACUCCUCUUUUAGAAUGAACUAUUUUGCUAUGUAUUAUGAACUUGAGUUGUACGCCAGUAGUCUUUAUAGGGCAAAAUACCCUGAUUUCUUGUACAUUUGUGGUUGUGUUGUGUGAUGAAGGUGAAGAUUAACCUACAUAUGAUACAUUUCUGCAGCAGCUAUGAUUAAGUAUUUAUUUUUUAAGCAGGAACUGUGAUCCAUAAAUGAUUUAUUAGGCAUCUUUAGGAUAGCUAACCUAUCCUUGCUGUUUGGGCCACUAUCCAGAUCAGGGGAAUUCCUAUUCCUUUUUUGCCUCUUUAUAAAUAUGGGGAAAAUGAGUUUUUAAUGGCAUCUAAUCUGAAGCUGCCAUUCUCCUGCAGUAGCAGACAUCUCCAGCCAGUUAAUUUAAAAAAACAGCCAUCUCAUUUUCUCCCUUUCUUGGCCAAACUGUAUUACUCUUGUUACAUUGAAUUUCUUUUCAGUGGUACCCGUUGGGCAGAGGCUUAUUCCAUCAUCAAAACUGGCAGUGGGAUGUGUGUGUGUCUCCACUGACCUAUAACCCACCCUGAAGCCCUCCUCUCUUCCACUGAAUCCUAGGUGUCUUAUAGUAGGCUCAAUUUUAUAAACUACUCCUUCCUUUUAAAAAAAAUGUAAUAAAAACCCAUUAGGUAACAUUUUCCAAAUACACACACAAAGUAGAUAUCGCGUACUUGAAUUUAUGGGAAUUUGUAUUUGUGUCUGAAAUGACUUUCUUUAUCUCUUAAUAAAAUAUUGUUCCUGGGG